UGGGGAUUGUCAUCAUAAGGGAUGCAUAAAGAAUAUAUGAAGAUCCUUCUGGAUUGGGCCAAAGGCUCAUCUAGCCCAUAAUGACAACAUAAUUACAACGUAAUUUACGUAAGUUACAUAAUUCAGCCACAGAGGACAGCAAGAUGGACAACGUAGGCUUUGGUGAACGGCGAACCACAGUGGAAUGGAAGCAUUGCUGCAUUCAACGAAGACAAGGGGAAGGGAACAAAAAUGCCUUCUUACAUUUCUAAUCUGUGUCCUUUGCACAUGCUUAAUGGAAGAAUUGUGAAGGGGACAGAGCAGGGAGCCUGUCGAACGGAAGGAUCCUAUUUGAUGCCAGCUGCAGUGAUUUGCCUGAAAAAUUCAAUACCUUACAAAGCAGCAAGGUUAAGAGGGAGAUUAGGUCAGUGUUGAGCAAUGCUGCCACCUAGUGAGCAAUUUCGGUUUCCAACAACUGCUAAUGCAAAUACAGCUCUUCCACUUGUAGAGCAACUAAAUGGCGGAGGUCCAGGGCAGGUUUCGCAAAAACAUUUCACUGCGAUGCCGUAGAACUGUGAACUCUGUUGUUAUGACCUAAGAAAAUUUCCCUUCUGGGUCAGUAAUAUCACGCACCUGGCUUAGCGUUCUGUCUCCUGGCAGGGGGCUGUGAAAUACCUCAGAGAAUUUCUCAGGUAGAUCAUGGUGGUAAUAGCCAUGCCCUCUUAUUAUGGUGGCUGUAUGUCUACAGAGGGCUAUUCUCUAUCCGAGAGCUGCCCAAGCCAAGUUCGCUUUAAAAAUAAGGAACCAUCAGCAUUCAAGCAACAAUUCCAACACGAAAGAAAAGAGGAACUGAAAGCAACCAGCGUGGCUGCCUAAGGAGCUUACAGGUGAGCUGAAGAAAGGUACGGUAAGAAACGAAAGAAGGGGGAAAUCACAAAGGAAGAGUAUGCACGAGAAGCCAACAGUUGCAGAGAGAAGGUCAGGCAGGCUAAAACAGAAUAAGCUCAGGCUUGCAAGAGAGUUGGAAAAUAAUAAUAAUAAUAAUAAUAAUAAUAAUAAUAAUAGUUUGUUUAUUAUUCGAAGCAAGAGGAAGGACUACAGGUCCCAGAAUUCCCAGCCGUUCACCGUAUAAAUCAACAUGUGGUUAGUGGUUAUAGCAUGGGACCUGGGGGACCAAGGUUCCAAUCCCCACUGGGCUAUGAAGCUCACUGGGUGACCUUGGGGGCCACUUACAGCCUUCCCAGCCUUGCCUACUUUACAGGCUUGUUGUGAAGAUAAAACAAGGAGGGGGAGAACCGAUACCAUGAGUUCAUUGGAGGAAAGGUGGAGUAUACAGUGGUACCCUGGGUUAAGUACUUAAUUCGUUCUGGAGGUCCGUUCUUAACCUGAAACUGUUCUUAACCUGAAGCACCACUUUAGCUAAUGGGGCCUCCUGCUGCUGCCGCGCCGCUGGAGCACGAUUUCUGUUCUCACCCUGAAGCAAAGUUCUUAACCUGAAGCACUAUUUCUCGGUUAGCAAAGUCUGUAACCUGAAGCGUAUGUAACCUGAGGUACCACUGUAAAUAGAUAAACAAUAUUUUUAGUGAUGCAAAGCCUCUGUUGUGGCAAUGCAUGACAGACCCCUGCAUGCUGCAACUAGUGUCAAAGCCAGACUCGGGCCCGAGCUGAGGAGAGGCAGCAGGUGAGGGGAUGCGCAGCUCGACAUCACCACUGACAGAAGCCCCAGGCCUGUGCAGUGCAGCUUUCCAGUUCCAGCAUCUGAAACCCCACACUAGGCACACUAGGAUCUGGGGGUGCAGCACUUUUAAGCCCUUGCCCAGGGCCUUUGUGGUGGACUGAGGCAACCACCUUGGGCAGUAGAAUCCUGCGGGGUUGUGCCUUGCCUGCUACCGCUGGAGUUAUGCAAGAUCUUGUGGAACUCUCAUGGAGCUCACACACAAAUGGAGCUCACACAACUUGAAAGCCUCAUUAUCACCUCAUGCUCACUAGAGUAAUGAAGGCCCAUCAAUUAAUCUGGUUCUCUGGCAGAUGGCACCUGAGGCCCUUCAAGAACAGAAUUUGGAAAGUUCAUUUUUUCCAAGGGAUUUAUUCUUGUUCAAGCUCCACAUGUCCAAAAAAGGGAACCAAUUGCUCUUUAAGUUCAUCUUUUCACCAGAUAGGCCAGUCUGGUUCACUUUCAGUUCUCAAUUCAAUUUCAUCCAAACUCCCCACCCCACAUUCCGAAUAUUACAGGUUGUUAUGCUGAAGUAUAAAGGAUGUUUAAGAACACUAAGUAUACAUCUAAAUGCAGAGGCUGUUGAAGGUGAAUUGCUUAAUUCAUUUUCCCCAACAAUUCUGAUCUUUAAGCUUAAAGACCCGCAGAGUAUAACUAGUAAAAAAGCACAUGUGAGAUUUUAUUUAUUUAUAAAAAUAUGUGUAUACUGCUGUGUCAUAAAAAAAUAUCAAAGUGGUUUACAGCAAUAAAACAUAAAACCAUAAAAAAAAAGUAUAAAAAAUAAGAAACAGGCAUCAGUUAACCAUUUUGGAAUAAUGUGUUCUUUAUUUCCUGCAUAGGCCUGGAGGAAUAGAAAAGUUUUCAGCAGGCAUUUAAAACCUGGCACAGAAGGCGCCUGUGGGAUCUCUAGUGGCAAAGUGUUCCACAGGACUGGGCCAAUGACACUAAAGAGUGGCUGGGGAAACCCAGCCAGAUGGGUGGGGUAUAAAUAAUAUAUUAUUAUUAUUACAGUGGUACCUUUGUUCUCAAACUUAAUCCAUUCCGAGAAUCAGUUUGACUCCCGAAACCAUUUGAAAACCAAGGGGCAGCUUCUGAUUGGCUGCAGGAAUUUCCUGCACUCAUCAAGUGGAAGCCGCGUUUGACAUUUGGCUUCCAAAAGACGUUCGUAAACCAGAACACUUACUUCCGGGUUUGCGGCAUUCAGGAGCCGAUUUGUUUGACAACUACAGUGGUACCUUGGGUUACAAACACUUCGGGUUACAGACUCUGCUAACCCGAAAGUAGUACCUUGGGUUAAGAACUUUGCCUCAGGAUGAGAACAGAAAUUGUGCGCCGAUGGCACAGCAGCAGUGGGAGGCCCCAUUAGCUAAAGUGCCACCUCAGGUUAAGAACGGACCUUCGGAACAAAGUUAAAUUCGUAACCAGAGGUACCACUGUAAGCCGUUCGAGAACCAAGGUACUACUGUAUUAUUAUAAAGACUCAGUUUCAUAUUGCUGUCAAAGGAGCCUCACCGACUCAGGGAAUGACCAAGGAUGCUACUGCAGAUGAUCCUGGUGAUCAAUCUGGGAUUAUCAGGAUUCAGACAUUUCCUGAGUGAUCUUGGACCUAAGUUUUCCAGGGCUUUGCAAAUUAGCAAAAGAACCUUGAACUUGGCUUGGUAGCGGAUGGGCGGCUAGCGCAGCUGUUUCAAGAAGAGAGUCUCAUGCUCUUGACCAGAAGCUCCCACCAACAAUCUGGCCCUGCAUUCCGCUCCAGCUGCAGCUUUUGAAGCAGAGCCAAGACCAUCCCUACACAGACCGCUUUGUAGUCGAGGUAGAAGUAGAAAUCCUUCAAGUUCUACCUCAAAAGAAAUUUAAUUUAUGUUCCAUUCACCCAGCAACUAUGGGAAUUGCUUUCAGGUGGUGUAAAAGAAACAAAAAAAAAAAACCUUUAACCAAUUAUGCGGACUUUGUUAAUUGAAAAUAGUUGUCUCCAAGCACUGUCCCAGAGUCCUACAGUUACCAGGACUCGGUCAGGUAAGACUACACCACUAGCUUGAGCAGCUGGACCAAGUUUCUGGAGCUGAGCCUGAUGGCGGUGAUGAAUUAAUUCCUAUGCCCCACAAAUAACCUAGAGAUGCAUUAGUUUGCCUAUCCAUGGACUAGAUGAACCUUUUGUUCCCUUCCCAAUCUCUUUCUGAAUACCUAACAAGAAUUGGCAUUGAUUCUAGUGCUAGUAGUAUUAUUUUGCCAAAAUCUGGCCUCCUGUUUCUUAUGAAGUUUCCUCUACAAAAGAGUCUGUCUCCCCCCCCCCCCACCCUGCCUCAUUCUCAGAGCACUUGCAAAUCUGUUUAGAAUUUAUGGAUGCUAUGGUUGAGAUUCCUUCAUUGUGGGGGGUUGGACUAGAUGACCCCCGGGGUCCCUUCCAGUCGUACAGUUCUCUGAUUCAAAGACUGCAUGGGUGUGGGGCUUUGAGCACCGAUGGCAAGGUAGCCAAGGAUGGCGUGUGCUUUUUUGUUUCCAGUGUGAACAUUUCUCCAGUGCUCUGUCCCCCCCACCCAGGAUGCUCGUGGUUCCUGAUCUGAAAAAAGCUCAUGAUGUCUUCCUCUGGGCUUUGACUGAAGUGUGGGCAUCUAGGAAGGAUGCAGAGUGUGAACCACAGGUAAGAUGAUUUGCAGAACCAAAGAAAGGGCACUCAUAGGUACCCUUCAUCUACCUCAAAAUUAAGCAGAGGCACUCUCCUCUGCUCCACCAGGUAUUCACCAAAGGUUUUCCCUGUCCUUUGAUAAUUUUGGAAUCCAAUUUCUUUUCUAAUUAAUUGUUGGAGGAUGAUAGAAAGAAAUAAUACAGUGGUACCUUGGUUCUCAAACUUCAUUCUUUCUGGAAGUCCUUUCCAAAACCAAGACAUGCUUUCCCAUAGGAAGUAAUGCAAAACAGAUUAAUCCGUUCCAGACUUUUAAAAACAACCCCUAAAACAGCAAUUUAACAUGUAUUUUACUAUCCAACGAGACCAUUGAUCCAUAAAAUGAAAGCAAUAAUCAAUGUCUUGUACUAUAAAAUAAAUAAGACAGUAUUGUAGAUGAUAAAAAUUAAAAUUACUAUUUUUUCUUACGUGCACUGAUGAUAGUCAUUGUUCGGACGGGGGGGCUUUUAUCCAUUUCUGCAGUCACACAAUCAAUCAAUCAAUCAAUCAGUCAGUAACUGAACUGAUUUUCCACACAGUCAGAAAAACAAAUUAACCGAAAAAGCCUCAAAAACAAAAAUGCAAAAUAAAUAGCAAAAACAAAAGUGCCAAACAAUCCAUUCUGUUUGACUUCCAAAAUGUUCAAAAACCAAGGCACAGCUUCUGAUUGUUACAGGUGUCCCAGAAACCAUAGCCAACAACCGCAUCAGAUGUUCGGCUUCCAAAAAAUAUUCAAAAACCAGAACACUUCUGGGUUUUCGGCAUUUGGGAGCCAAGGCGUUUGAGAACCAAGGUGUUUGAGAACCAAGGUACCACUGUACAGGACAAAUGCGCUGCACAACACUAAUGUUUACAUGCAGCUGUACUUAAGCUACUAUCUCUCAGAUAAAAGGAAAACAAAAACAAAAAUGUUCUAUCUAAGAAAUGUCCCGUUUAGAUGGUGCUAUCUAAGAAAUGUCCUGUUUUGAUAUAGCUAAAAUUGUAGCAGAUGUUUUGGCAGGAUUUUGGCUCCCCCAUGUUGAUGCAGUAUUUUUGACUUGAGCCAUCUUGCCACUUGAGCAAACCCUUUUCCAGAUUGUGGUGUGGAUCCAAACGCUUCCUCUCUUGGGUCCCUUCUCUGAACAAAACUGCUUAGAUUAGAAAAAAUAAAAUAAACAUGUUGCCUUGGGGAGAAUCCCUGCUGGAAACGAACUCAUGUUUUAUUAAGCAAUUCGCACAGGGCAAUUUUUAUUAAUAAUUUAUGCCGAGCACAGCCGUUGCUGAAAAGAGGUUAACUAACAGUGUUUGCUGUGUGUUUGCAAAAGUCGGGGGCUUGCCGUUGGCACCCAGAAAUAAAAUAAACAAUAGUUUGCAUGUUCCACUGAUGGAGGGGAGCAGGAAGCAGGGUGCAAAGCUUGAUCCCAGAAUGCUUGAUCAUGUUCCCACCAGGAUCAAUGGGAUUUGAAGCAUCAAAUGAGCAACCCCAAAAUGAACUUGUGAGAACAAUGGAACCAUCUCUGAUUUGAUUAUGCUGCGAGUCAGGGAACCAGCACUCUGAAAUUCAAGAAAGGUGAAAUGUAAUUUUCUAAGAAUGAAGGCAGAGGUAAUACAAAACGGGAAAGUCACAGCAAAUCCUUAUUAAAGAUUUGACCCUUUCUGCCCCAGUUUUGAAAGUUGUCGCCAUACCACCAGCACAGAUGAGCAGCCCAAAGCUUUUUUUUUCAAAGCAAGAGUGGGCAACUGGAUCCACUUGAUGGGCCAGGUAUUCUCUUCCCCCACUAAGAUCUCCAAAGGGAAUGACUUCCUGCACUAUUUGUUUAUUUAUUGCAUUUAUCUCCCACCUUUCCUCCAUUACGGGACGCGGGUGGCGCUGUGGGUUAAACCACAGAGCCUAGGACUUGCCGAUCAGAAGAUUGGUGGUUCGAAUCCCUGCGACGGGGUGAGCUCCCAUUGCUCGGUCCCUGCUCCUGCCAACCUAGCAGUUCGAAAGCACGUCAAAGUGCAAGUAGAUAAAUAGGUACCACUCCAGCGGGAAGGUAAACGGCGUUUCCGUGCGCUGCUCUGGUUUGCCAGAAGCGGUUUAGUCAUGCUGGCCCCAUGACCCGGAAGCUGUACGCCGGCUCCCUUGGCCAAUAAAGUGAGAUGAGCGCCGCAACCCCAGAGUUGGCCACGACUGGACCUAAAGGUCAGGGGUCCCCUUUACCCUUUUUUCCUCCAUGGAGCUCAAGGUGAUACACAUGGUUCUUUGCCCCCACACCAUUUUAUCCUCACACCAUUUUAUCACCUGUGAGGCAGGUUGGGCUUACACUGAGAGACUUGCCCAACGUCACCCGGGUGAACUUUUAUGUGGCUGUGAGGGAAUUUGAACACAGGUCUCCCAGGACUUGGUCUGACACUCUAACCACUACACUGCCACUAAGGCUUACACUAACUGGCUGAUCAUAGCAAACAGCCACCCCUUCUGAGGAGACAGUGGUGGUUAGAGUGUUGUACUAGGCCUUGGGUGACCAAGGUUCAAAUCCCCACUAACCCAUGAAACUUGCUGGGUGACCUUGGGCCAAUCACUGCCAUGAAUCCUACCCCCUCUCACAGGGUUGUUGUGAGCAUAAUGUGGGGAGAAGGAGAACUAUCUACACCACUUUGAGCUCCUUGAAGGAAAGUUGGGAUAUAACUGUAAUAAUAAUAAUAAUAAUAAUAAUAAUAAUAAUAAUAAUAGUUUGCAUGCAGUUUUUAAUUAGAAAUGCAAGCAAUCUUGCAAAUGCAUUACAUUUAAAUGAUCAGCAUGAAGUAGGAACCCCAUGAAAGAGAAGGAAAGAAGUAUCUAGCCUCUGCUUGAUUGUCUCCCUCAUUCUCUGACGUCCUCUAAUGACAAUCUGUCACAAAGAAACUUGAAAGCUUCAUUAUCACCUCAUUUGCUCACCAGAGUAAGGAAGGCCCAUCAGUUAACCUGGUUCUCUGACAGAUGGCAUCUUUGCUUCUGCUCGGAACAAAACUGUAGACUUGUGCCCCUUUCCACUGCACCACUGGCUACAGUGGCAGCCUGUGUCCACUGGGACAGUCAAGGUGGAAGGCAGGGAGGCCAGCAGUUGGUGGAGCAAGAUCUAAUGACUGUAAGGGCCCACUGAUUUUGUCCUCAUCCUUCUCCCUUCUAAGUUCUAAAAACACAAAUCAAAGUGAGGAAGAGGAGGAAGCCAAGAACCAGUGCCACACACCAGACUGAAUAUUAGGAAGAAGGCAUGCAGGUGGGGUCUGUCUGAGGUGGUGGGCUGGUGCUCCAGUCUCUCUAAUGGACCAGCCUUAACUGGCUGCUUGGUGACAAAGCUGACAUUCACAGUUUAUCUCUUACCAGCUCAAAAUCUGUUGACUUUUGCUGCCAAAGAGAAACAGCAUAAAAAUAAGCAGGGAAAGUGUCUUGUGCAUUUUUACCCAUGUGGAGAUCUCAAGACAACUUCACAAACAAGCCCACUCAUUUUUUUAUUCUCCUUCUAUAAUAACAAGCAUGCCAACUCCUGUCCAGUUUAUUGCAAAGGAAUUCCUCCACAAACUGUCUGGUAUCCUCCUUCCUAAUAUGUCCUUGUUUGUUAAAAAACCGGAAGUUAACGGUAAUACUCUUUAACAUAUGUGUCCCAGGAAUGAACCAAAGAAAACUCCUUUCCAGCUGUGUUUUAUUUUCCCACAAGAGAGAAGGAGGGAAAAGUAGACAAAAGUUACUAUGAACCUCCCCCUCGACUCAUUAGAUCUUGGUACAGUCCAAAAAGUUUUCAGGUUAAGAAGCCGGGAGUUCUGUUUGCAGUAGAAAAUUCGGAGUUUCUGUGUGCGUUUGCCUGUCAGCUCAGGAACUCGUGGUGCACACUUGGUUCAAUCCAGGUAAGUGACUAGUUUAACUGCAAUGACAAUAUUUACAGGAUUCAUUUGUCAAUAUCUUCCUGUUACUGUUAAAGAGUAUGCAGCAGUCACUGAGCUGAGUACAGGAAUACAAAAGGAUUUUGUUUUGUCAGUGGGGCAAAUGACUGGAUUUUAGUGUGCAAGAUUUAGGCCCAAUGCAAGAAUGACUUCCAAAACAGAGUCACAUGUACAUUUUUCCGGAGGAUAAGUUUGCACAAAAUCUGUUUGAUUUAGCAGGCAGAAAUAGAAACAGACAUGCACAACAAGCGAAGACUGAGCAAUGUUUUGGAAAUCUCACACUCGGUGCCAGCUGCACAUGUUGCGAAUAGAGAAGUAUCCUUUGCUUGUGUCCUUGUAAAAAUAUCUAUGAUCAAGAUCUGAGGGUCACUGUAUGCUGUAUUUUUCUUAUACACCGUCCUUCACACCAGCUGUUGUUGUUUUUCCUGUACCUGUGCUUAUAAAGCACGUGCCAGUGAAGAGGGCAUUUUUCACGUGUUUAGUGCGAACAAUAGGGAGCUGUUCUUCUUCAGGGUCAUCUCUCUCUCCUGAAGUUGUUUCUCAUAGUGGAAAGUGGAGUCCACCACCUCUGGUGUCAAGGCAUGUGCAUGAACCUUAAGACUAACCUCAAAGGCCAACAAAUUUAUUAUGGCAUGAAUUUGCAUUGGAUGCACAAAGUGUUUUUGUAAAUAUAUGCACCGCAGAGGGGACAGGUGGCAAACCCUGACCUUAGAGGGAAAUGAAAUGCAAAAGGUACAGAUAGUGGCAAUUCAGUUUGAACCAGAAUAAGCACAGUGGCCCUUUACAACAGCAGUGGUGUGUGAUGAAACAAUCAGCCAGGUAACGCAGAGACUAGUUAACAUCUAAAAUGCAAUUGGAAACUAUUGUCUGCUUUCUGACUCAACUCAGUUGAGCUGAAUUUCUUGAUUUACUUGUAAUCCAGCAGUAUCACAUUUGUGGCUCCCUUUGAAAUUCCUUGGUUCAAGGAUGAUCCUUAGAGUGUCCUGAUAGACUGAAUUAUUCAAAAUAUUGUCCUACCGUUUUCUGACUAUUGUCAUUUCUUAUGUCAGAUUUGUGUAUCUAUUGAUUCUUUUCCAUCGGGACUGUCCUGUGUGCCCUAAGCAGAAUGCAGAAAGGCACUUCUGACAGGUUAUGUAUGCCACAUGUCCGGCUAUAUGAUGAACAAGUGAAUGAAGCCUCAGUGUUGCAGCUGAUUUAUUAGUUCUGUAGCAGUGGCACCUCACUAAUUUAAGAGACACUGUGCAGUGCAUUGCCUGCUGUUUCAUAGACUGCAGUUGCAAAUACAUGUUUUGAGCCAUUGGUAAUCUAUUGCAGGGCAAUAGGAUUUCCCCUUGCAUAUAUUGGUAAUCAAAACAACAAACAUUCCCCAUGGUUUAAAAUUGGCAGAAAACAGGGUAGACAGAGUGGAGCCACAAUCCAGUGUAACAGUGGCAGUGUAAUCCUUGGAAUGAGCAUUGGAGCUGUAAUCUUUGGAAUGAGUGCUACAAGCAUGUCCCUAUUUCUGUCUGCAAAAUGUUGAAAGGUAGGUGCCCAGUUAAGGAUGAAACUGAGCGUUUAAUAGAAAGAGAGGGAUCAAUCUGUUUUCAGCCAGGUUAAUUUUGCAUGUACUCAUUCAAAAGUUCCAUCUCAUUUCUGCAUGAAACCAAGCAUUAAAAAAAAUAUUCAACAUAAAAUUCAUAGUUAAAUGAAUAUUUUAUCAGAAAAUAUAAAUGCGUAUUUUGUUGCGGUGUGUACAGUUCUAAAUACAUUUUACCCUAAAAUAUGUACUUUAAAGUGCAUAGCAGUAUUAUAAUUGGGGGGUUUUUUUUGUAGCUGAAAACUACUUUGUAAAAGUUGGAGGAGGACAAAAUUCAAAGAUAAUUGCAUUCCGAUCUGCACAUUAGCCCAGAAAAGAGAUAAGGUUCAGAUUCAUUGGAAUUCAUGGCGGGCUUGUAGAACUUCCCGUCUCCGUACCUUGAAGCACUUCACAGAUAAAACUAGAGACACUUCUGUGCUUCUAACAUAGAAAUCAUAGUUUGGAAGCAAGCUUCCAUACCUGCUUUCACACUCAGGGUUGUUUUCUGACUCCUUUCUCUGCCCUAUUGCACUUGGGGUGCUUCAGGAAUUCAGCAUAUACAUUUAAAAGUUAGUUUUCAUUCUGCUUUUAAUCAUCAUCACCUGUGCUUUUUUUCUGGGGUGACACGGGUACGCAUACCCCUAAACAUUUUGUGAAUCUAAGUUUGGCCUCAUUGAGGGGCAGUCUUUCAAUAUGAGUAGGAAAAUGAGAGUACUGUACCCCUAAACAUUUUUUUUAAGAAAAAAGCACUGAUCAUGACCAUCACAGAUUAGGCUGCAGUCAUAGCCCCCAACAUGACUGGGAGUAAGCCCAGUUGAAUUUAGUAAGACUUACAUAUGAAUAGAGAGUGCAUUAGGAGUGCAUUUUUAAUACGGAAACAGGGCAGAAUAGACUCCUAUGUGAGUGGACACAGGUGAAAGGGACACAAAGCAGAAAUAGAUUGAUCGGUCUAUCCAUCUAUGACCAGCGAUAGACAUUUCUGUCAGUUUGGUUCUCUCAGCUCCUUUUUUUCCAAAUAUUACUUUAAGACCUAUACAUCUUUGCAACUAUUGACAAUUUUUAUCUUUUAUUUUUAGAAAGAAAUUUAACAGGAAUCGAUCAGCAAUCCGGCCAAAUUUCUCCUGAUAAACACAUUCAGGUAUGUAGUUUUGAUUAAUAUACACAUUUUUUGCAAGCAAUUUUCGCUAAUAGAAUGCCUUUUGUAUGUUGUUUUCACUAAUAUACCGUAUUUUUCGCUUCAUAAGGUGCACCUGACCAUAGGGCGCACCUAGUUUUUAGAGGGGGAAUUCAAGAAAAAAAAUAUUAUUUAAAGGGAGCGCUGAGCAGAACCUGUAUGCAUCCCAGGCUCUGCUCAGCACUCUCUUUCACGAGCCAUGUGUAGUGUGUGUGUGGCUCUUGGGGGCUUUUAGCGCCGCUAAGGCAGAAGCUAAAACAGCUAGAGGGAGCGCUGCGCAGCACUUUCUCUAGCUGUUCUGGCUUCUGGGGUAGUCAUCCCGCUGCCCUGCAGAGGCUUCGCGAGCUACCCCAGAGCUGCUCAGGAGCUUGUUGGGGCUGGCAGUGGAAGCCCGUAUUCCCCCCCCCCAGCCCCAAAGAGCAGCUCUGGGAGUAUUCCCCACCUCCCGCAAAAGCCCACAGGAGCUGCGGGCUUUUCUACGAGGAGGGAGAAGGGACUGACGUGGCCAAUCAGUCCCUUCUCCCUCCUAGGGAAAAGCCUGCAAGAGCCGUGCGGAGCUUAUGUGUGGCUCUUGGGGGCUUUUCCCGCCUGCCUCCCCCCUGCAUUCGCUCCAUAAGACACACACACAUUUCCCCUUACUUUUUAGGAGGGAAAAAGUGUGUCUUAUGGAGCAAAAAAUACGGUAGAAUCAUAGAGUUAUUCAAUCACUGAAUUCAAUAGGGCUUACUUCUGAAUGGAUCUUGUUAGGUCUGCACUACAAGCCCAGAGUUUAGAAUGGUCUAAUUGUACCUAUGUGGGUAUAUUGACUCUGCAUAGGCAUACUGAAAAUGGUCAUGGAAUCAUAGAAUUGUAGAGAUGGAAGGGACCCUGAGGAUCAUCUAGUCUAACCCCCUUGCAAGGCAGAAAAAUGCAGCUGUCACAUACAGGGACCAACCUGCAACCUUGGUGUUAUCAGCACCACACUCUAGCCAACUGAGCUGUUAAGAACACCUAAUAUAUACCUUUUCGUGCAUAUUGUUUGGUUGAACAACUGUGCCACAACAUUUAGAGAAGUGCAAAUUUUGGAGGACUGAUGGGUUUCAUUUCACAUAUGGGUUGGAAAAUUAGGCAGUUUCUAAUUAAAGUGCAAACAAAACUGGAUUACUGGAUAGCUCAGUUGAUUAGAGCAUGGUGCUGAUAAUGCGAAGGUUGCAGGUUUGAUUCCCAUAUGGAACAGCUGCAUAUUCAGGCGUUGCUGAGGGUUAGAUCCUCAGGGUCCCUUCCAUCUUUUACAAUUCUAUGAUUCCAUGACCAUUUUCAGUAUGCCUAUGCAGAGUCAAUAUACCCACAUAGGUACAAUUAGACCAUUCUAAACUCUGGGCUUGUAGUGCAGAGCUAACAAGGUCUAUUCAGAAGUAAGCCCUGUUGAAUUCAGUGGGGGCUUACUCUCAGUUAAGUUGAACUAGGAGCCUUAAUGGGUCUUACGUCACCCCUCUGUUUAGAUGGUACUGCGUAUUAAUUCACUUAAGGGCAAAAUAUUGUUGAGCCAGUUCCGUUGCAUUUGGGCAGCCUUCUGGUCUUGUUGCUGAGCGGGGUUACGGAUGUCCUCCCCAAAGUCCUAACCGGAUGGCAGUGCUGACCAAGGGUGGGCAGUGCUAAACAGGGUGGCCAGAUGCUAAACAGAAUAGGGUUUCUUUACAUGUGUCACCAGUGUAAAAAUUAGGGUUUCAGCAGAUAUAGCUCGACAUAAAGGCACGCCUGCUGAAAACUUCGUUUCUGAGCAAAGUUUGAAGAUGCCGAUCCCUUUUAGGUCCGGCCACACGAAAGCUGAAACUUGCAGAACCGGCAUUUUUUAAAGGUCCCUUUCCUGCCUCUCUCCAAAAGACAAUUUAGGGACACGUCAAUUUGGGCAGUGGCACUGUCAGGGCAGGACUCUGGGGCAAAUGUCCAAGCCCCGCUCGGCAGAAUGAGCAGAAGAGCUAAUAAAUAUAGCAGAGCUGGCUCAUCACAUUCUGCAGUAAGUGAAGUAAUGCACAUUACCAUCUAAAUGGUGUGGGGGCUGUAAGAGAGUAUAAAAUCACCUGACUGUUGUAUUUCCUGAUUUUGCUGCCUACCUGGGACAACCAAACAAAGUGAACAGAACUUCUACAUGAGCUUCAUGGCAGGUAGGACACCCUUGCUUACCAGGCAGGAAACAGGCAAAAUGGUGGGGAGAUUGGUUUCACCAGCACAUAUGCACUACACCGAUCAGGCAAUCCCAACAGAUGCAUUUACACUUAACGGAACACACCACCACCUCUGCCCUCCCCAUCUGCCUCCCAGUAAGCAACAGUGACCUACACACCAAGACACUUUUUGGCCUUUCUGUAUUUUGAGAGGCUGCCCCUGGUAAAUUGAAAUAGUUGGAGCAUAUCUGCUUUGUUUUGUGAGUCCCAAGCAGGUGACAAUAUCAGGAAAUUGGCUCUCCUCCUACGUUCCUGGUAAGAGGUCCAUGCAGCUUGAUGGGCCAGGCAUUUUGCAAAACUGAAUGGGGGAAAGUAGCUUCCCAGGGCAACUGCUGAACCAUAGUUUGAUUCAGUCAACCAAUUCUAUUCAUGGGGAUUAACUCUGCAUGUUUUCACACAAUUCAAAAUUAAGUCAUGCCAAGGCGUCAGGUAUGCUCUUGAUUCCAAAGCAAGUCUGAGUCAUUCAGAAGAUACAAGGGUUGCCAAUUUUUCAACUGGCCACUAUAACUUUGCCAUUCAGAAAAGUGCUCAGUAUGCAAGGAUUAGCCCAUGAUUAUCUUUCAUUGCAUGGAUUUAAAUAUUAUCAUCUGCUAAUUCCUGCAUACUAAGCUGCUAUUAAAGGCUGAGCUAUGUGAACAAGUCGAAAAGUUGGCAACCUUAGAGAUCAUAGUUACUUGUGGUUCAUACACUGUGCACAGAGCUAGCUGCAACCCCCUGGAGCCAAUUUUGUGGAUGGAAGAGUUCUCAGGGUUGUAAACAGCUGGAUGGAGAGUUCUGAAGGCGUCACGCAAAAACAAACAACUUCCGUCAUCCAUUAUGUGCCAUUUAACAGGGUUACUUACUGCAUAACUAAAAAUAAAUCACAUAACUAAAAAUAAAAUGCUGAUCUUCCUGUUAAAUACAUAGGAUUAUAUAUAGAUGAAUGGGGCAGUUGCUGUAGAGCUGGACUAGCUGGGGCCACUCGCAUGUGUGUGUGAAUGGGGGGAAAGGAUCAGCCAGUUUCCUACAACAGCCUGCCCGAAGCCUAUAGAAACCCACCAGCCGCACUCGAGUGCAAUAGCCCUGUCUCCUACUGUUGUUCCCCAUUGACUGCUAUGAAGAAGUAUAGUGGCUCUAUUCGCAAUGGUAGCGUAAUAACCAUAAUUGCAACUGACCAUUCUGUCCUUAAUUUAUUUUAAAGCUCUAAGUAGGUAGCCAGCAUCACCACAUCUUGCGGUAGCAAAUUUCAUCGCUUUAACUACACAUUGUAUAAAGAAGUACAUCCUUUUAUCUGUCCUGAAUCUGCCCCAAAAGUGUUUGCCAAAAGGCUGGGGGGGGGGGGUGGAUUUCAUUUUAUGGCAACUCAGCGUGUUCCAACCAAUCAUGGUUUAAAAGCCUCCUUCAGGGGGCUACAAAAAAUAAAGUCCUUAAAUCACAGAUACACAGCAAUUAAAAACAAACAGCAUUACUGACUGAUUUCAUCAAGCCGUAGCUGUACUUAGAUUAAAAAGCAGCCUGUAGAGAUUUUUUUAAAAUGUAUCUUCCAUUAAACUGAAGACCGAAAUUAAAAACCAGCAGAUUAUAUGUUUUUGAUGGCAUUAGUCAUGUUGAGUUUAUUUAUAUGCCACAUUUACCCCAAAUACCAUUUGGACUCAAAGCAGUGCACAGGGGGAAAACCCACUUAAAUGCAAUUGUAUGACGAUCACAAUAUAUAUUAAAUAGGAUAAUAUCAUUGCAGCACUCUCAACUGAACAACCAACAUUUCGUAAUGUGUGUGUUUGAGUGAGAGCAUUAUGUUGACCAAUAUGUUCGUUAACAAUUAGGUCCCCAACCCUGGUUCUGUGUGAGAGAGUGAGAAACUUCUCCGCACCCGCGGUCUCUGCACUAGGAAUUGGGGGGGGGGGCGGAGUGGGGUCCUUCCAAAUGUUGUGGAACUACAACUCACAUCAGCCACAGCCAGCAUGACCAAUAGCACGGAAAGAUGGAAGCUCUAUUCCAGCAAUAUUUUGAGGGCUGCAGCUUCUCCAUUCCUGCUGUACUAUAGGAUGCAUAAUUUUAUAAGCAUCCAUCUUUCCCCCUUACUCAGCUCCUCCACCCUCCAAGUUUAAAAAGCCCCAAAUGUUGUACCAAUCCCUCCACUGGGUGACAUUACACGGCUCAGGACAGUAAUGUGCUCCUAUAUGCCGUUACGCGUAUGAAUGAACUGGCUGAUGGGCCACUCUAAAUGAGGCCUUCAGAUCCGUGCAGCGGAUAUCUGUAAAGCUGUGUUUCAUUAACGCGUUGUCUUGCAAAGGUUCUGCGGAGGUGGAAUAAGUUAAACAAGGUAGAUCUUUUUACACGGUACAGAAGAUUAGUACAAGGUUAUAACCUUGCGAUAAAUGUUUGUGGGCAGCAGAUGCUUCCGUUGAUUACGUUUCUACUCUAAUUAUCGAAGGAAUAGCCCCUCUCCCAUUGUGAUAGCUGUGGUGGUGAUUAAUUCAUACAGAAUUACAUCCUCUCCUCCCUCCCUCCCAACCGCCACCCCACAAAGUCACACCUUAUUUUUCCCUGCAGCCUUAGCUUGUUAGAUCACAUUUUUAUAAUAUGCACUGAACCAUGAUGUUGUCGGAAAUCCUCAGGAGAUUCCUAGUCAGUGUUGUGUACUGAGUACUGAAAACGGGGUGCGGGGUGAUGACCAUUAAAAUCCUACCUGUGUGAAUUACGGCACAGCAGUUUGCAGACAUAUGUAGAGAAUAUUUCCCUUGAGCUGAUUUAGGCUGGGACAUGUUCAUAAAACGCAUUUGCAGUUUAACCACUGCAGUGUUUGGGGUUUUUUUAAAUCAGAAUAUGCCAAUGAGUUGUAUCACAAACUAACGAUCUCUAUCCUACCCAAGAGGACAAUGUAUUUUUGGUCCACGUCCAGUCUUUAUACCCCCACCUCAAAUUUGCAGUGCUUCUAUGUGUGAGAGAGGACAAAAAGAAUCUUGUGGAACCUUAAAUUAAUCUAUUUGUUAUAGUGUAAGCUUUGUGGUUAUCGUAAGAUUCAUGAAGUGAGAUCUUCAGUGAGGCAAGCUGCCUCAUACUGAGUCAGACCAUUGCUCCAUCUAGCACAAUAUUGUUUACACUGACUGGCAACAGCUCUCCAGGGUUUCAGGCAGGAGUAUUGCCCAACCCUACCUGAAGCUGCCGGGGAUCAAACUAGGGACUUUCGGCAUGUCAGGCCCUUCUGCUUUCUGUUCUUGUAAUGUGUUCCAAAGGAUGAAUUUUGUUUUAGAUUUCGUUUAGCAAAAUAGCUUACAUGAGUUUAAUACCUUUAUUAAAAAUAACAAAAAAACCAAAAAACUUUAAAAGCAGCAGACAACACUAUUAAAAAAAAUACUUAAAAUCAACUGUUUUACAAACAAAUAUAAACAAUAAAAUCAUAUGCCUGGCUUAGUUGGACAGCUCAGUUGGUUAAAGCAUGGUGCUGAUAAUUCCAGUGUUGUGGGUUUGAGCCCCGUAUGGGACAAUUGUAUAUUCCUGCAUUGCAGGGGGUUGGACUAGAAGAUCUUCAGGGUCCCUUUCAACUAUACAAUUCUCUGAUUCUAUGAUUCAGCUGGCCUAAACAACAACAACAAAUUAGGCAGACAGAAAACAAUGCAAUGAAGAUGCCUGUCUAAUAUUAACAUUAAUUAUACAUUGAACAAGGUAAUCGUGGCACGGAAAUCAUUUCACGCUAAAAAGUUGUGGGUUGCAUGUGAAUGAUGCAGUAAUAAGGUUCAGGGCCAGCUGCUUUUCUGGGGGGGUGUCAAUCCCAUUAGAAAGGCCCAUUGGCACCCAGUUGCAUGAUCCAAAAAAAGUACUGCAUUAUUCACAAAGAGCCAGCGGUUAUGCUGAAUUCUUCUCCAGAGAAGCAGUGUGCAUAUCACUAGAAUCUCUGUUUAAAGGGACAAGGUAGAAAAUGAUGGGGAGAGACCUCAGAUGAUAUUUGCGAAGAAUCAAAUCAGAGUAGACUAUACUGGCUCAGAGCAGAAUGAAGUUGGUGGGCAGCACCUCAACAUUUGCCCCAAUGGACCAGCCGCCACUGGCAUCCUUCACGAAAGAGAGAGAAUGCCACAAGUAUUUAGGCACAUAGCUCUUUAUUACUCUUCAGCCCAUCAAUUCUGCCGUACCCGUACCCUUCUUUUAAUUUGCAAUCCAUCAUUUGUAAAGAUUAUCGGCCUUGCCCUGGAUUUGCUUCUUGCUGCUCAUGUCUUAGACUGAUAUGUUGGUUAAACAGUUUUUACAAAGCGAUUUGUCUUCAUCUGGCUUUGGACAGAUCGCCAUGCGUUCUACAACGGCAAAACCCUUCAGGGACCAAAAUUACUUCGAACUCAAGCAGCAAUGCCUUGAAGAAGGCAACCUCUUUGAAGACCCUGAAUUUCCAGCUUGCGAUGCAUCUCUCUUCUACAACACUCCUCCACAGGGGAGAGUGGAAUGGAAACGCCCACAGGUAUUUGUGAAGUAUCCAUCCUACUUGAGUCUGAUUAUCUCUAUUGUUUGGCUGAAUUCUCACCUAUUAAUAGCCUGGCUUUGGCAUAAUGUAUCUCAGUUUAUUGAGACAAGCUGUGCCCAAGCCUUGUUUACCACCUCUUCCUUACUCCCUCUUGGUGUGCCCUGGAUUUGCUGGGUUAACCAACAGUUGUCCCCUGUUAUGUCUGAACCAGGAUCUAUGGUUACCAGGAUCACAUUGGGUGAAAUUGCAUUCAGAUAUAAGUUUCCCCAAUCCCAGUAACCUCAGUUUCCUAGUUCUAAUGAAGCAGGAAUCCAUGAUUAAUUAACCCAUGAGGUCUUCAACUGUGGCAUGCUGUGACAGGAGGAGGAAAGAGAGAGACUGUGUGGACAAGGCUUGGGCAUAUUGUGGCUUAAUAGGAUGAGAUAUAUUAGAUCUGCACAGGGCCAAUAUAUGUUUGUUCUUCUUUUCCAAGAGGUGGGAGAGAGUAUGGAUUAAUUCAAGCCAGAUUUGAGUCAGGAACAGUUUUUCAUGAUUGGAGUCACUGCAGGGAUAUGUUAAGUGCUGGUAAAGGAGGGCUGAUUUUGACCAUGUGCAGAGGGCCUUUUAUUGUUCUCCACCAGGACCUGACCUGAGACACUAGCCUCGGGGAUGCCUGUAUAAGACUAUCUACUCAACAAUCCUCAGCUGAAACAAAUAAUAAAAAUGUUUCAUCUUCAUUUUUAAAGUUGGCAUCAUUGACCCACAUGGCCAAUGUUGCUUUAAUAGUGUGUGGGGUUGUUUUUGUUUGAGAGCGGGGAGUUAUUCAUGGGGAAAUUACAUCAGGAUUCAGCAAAUCAGUACGAUUCAAUAAAUCAUCUUAAAUGAUUGAGAUACAUCAUGUGUGCAAAUUGUGCCCCUUGUGAUUGCACAACUUUCUCCUCCAGGAAACAAAUGAUGUAGCCCUAAUCUUGACAAUGUUUAAGGAAAAAAGCUUUAGAUAUUUUUUAUUUCUGUCCACUUUUAAAUGCUGAAGCUUUUUAUUAAAUGCUUUUGUUCAUUGCCCUUGUAUUAAUUACUGCCGCUCAAUUUUUAGAGGGUAUGUUUGUUUUAACUGGAUAAUUUAUUAUUACUACUGCUACCGUCACCCUAGAAGGGCAAUUGUGCUAUAAUCCAAAGGCAAGGCUCAUCAGCAUGGUGCCUAUACAUGCAAUGGUGCCCUUGAUGUCUACCCCUGGUAUCUACAAAGCCUCCGAGCCACCCCUCCACUGCGCCAUUAAGCAUUAAGUUGUGGAGGUGCUGUAGGUGGGCUUUUCUGAGUGCACUGAUUUCUUAUUUAGAAUUGACUAGGCAAGAGCCUAAAGCAAAACACCUUACUUCUUUUAUAUUUAAAGUUCUAUUGCUCUUGUCGCUUUCAAAUUUGGUUUCUUUAGUCACAUUCGUUUGUAUUUAUGAUUCUGAGUUGUAACAAGCCACAAGAUAGCCAAUUAUUGGUAAUAUUAUUGUCUUAUAAAUUAGUUACUGUGCAUCUGUGGUAGUUGAAGGUUUUUGCAUAUUUUGGAAGUAUCUAUAUAUAAACAAUUUAUAGUAUGAAAUUCCUUCACCCUUGUAUUUUCGGUAGUAAGAAUGCCUAAAAAUAUUUUUCAUGCAAUAUUCUUUUCCCAUAUAUUCUUUUUUUUUUUUAGCUACAAGAUUAGAUCAGAACAUAUAUUAAUUUUUGCAUACAUUUAUCUUUUGAAUACAUGUGCAAUUACUGUUUUGAAUUUUACUGUGUCCUUCAUGGGUUGUGCAAACCGCUGUUCUGAAUAAUGCUUUUUAAAGGGUAGCGGCUGCUUGGGAUGAGUUUAUAGAACCAAGUGGGACAGUGGCCCAAAAAAGUUGGGGAACCACUAGCAUAGAUCAUGGACUGAUCCCAGUAUAUUUUGAUGUCGGAGAAAUAUAAUUUCACACACAGGCUAAAAUUGGGCAGUAUUUCAGAAUUUAAAUUAAAAACUAUUUUCAGAUAUUCCUUUUUGAAACUUCAAACCACAAACCAGGCAGCGAAUUUCGAGUCCAAGCUGUAGCGAUGUUGCUGAUGUUAAUAAUGCAUUGGUUUGUUAAGCCAAUCUGGUUUGUUAGUCAAGACAAUAUCAGGGAUUGCACGACUCUCUUUUAUCACGGACCAAAACUGUAUUUAAACUUGGAUGUAAAAUGACAUUGAUUUCAAUUCCGAUCUGUAUUUGUCAGACUCCGUACUAUUUCCAUUCUGCCGCUGUUGUCAUUUUGGCUCAGCUCUAGUUUGACAUUUAUUUAUUUAUUUAUAUUUAUUUAAUAGAAUUAACAUGCUACUUAACAUGUUAUUUACUUGUAAGUGGUUUGCAUAACAUAUACUAUAAUUACUGGUACGAUCAGAUGUUAAAUGCAAGGUCACUUAAAAAUGCAUAUAAAUAAAACCAGCACUUAAAAAAAAGCACGUUCUAAAAUAAUAUUGCAUGUGAAAUUUACAUAACUUGCUUAAACAACUUUUUCUUUAGCAGAUGCUGAAAACAAAGAACAGCGUCCUAAUAUUUCUGAUAAGGGGAACAUUUUUGCACUUAUUUAGCAAAUGUCUUUGACUGCGCAGGAUGGAUGUUGUUGAAACCGUCGGCAUGUAUUCAUUUACUAUGAUUCUGUUCCCCCUCCCUUUCUCCCAGGAUAGAACUGAAGAUGGUAGUCAUGAGAAUUCAGUAUCGGUUGCCUUCCUCUCAAUUCCCUUCUCAGAUCAUAGCUGUCAACGUUUCCCUUUUUUUAAAGGAAAUUCCCUUAUUCCAAAUAGGAUUCCUCACAAGAAAAGGGAAAAGCUGACAGCUAUGCCUCAGAUUCAUUAUUGGUCUGCCUCAGGGCUGUGGCAUCUUUCUUAGCUCAAAAGUCACAUUGCCUCAAGAGAAGCCUUCUUGGGGCUUCAUGCCCCAGGGGUGGACAGGGCCAAAGCCAAAAACGGCAAGUAAACAAACGUAACUCAUAUCUUUGUACAAACUCAUUUCAGCCAUGAAAACAAACUAGGGGGAGGCGGGACACAUUGAUGCAAGGGACAUAUUGAUACACCAACAAUAUUUCAAUAUCGAGAAACGUUAUUCGUGUCGUCACAUCACUAAAAUGUGUCUAUACAUGUGUGAGUACAACAGUUGUGACAACGCCGCCCGCCAGUUCCCUGUUGACAUUUGACCAGAGUAGGUGUGUUUUAGUGCGGCCAACUGAAAAAUUACGUGAAAUGUAAAAGUGUUCAAACGCUGUUUUACAUUGUUUAGUUAAGAUUUUAAAAUGCCAAAGGUAAGUUAUCCCACUCAGCAAUCAGGAUUACACGUAAGUGUAAAUAAGUUCAGUUGGUUUAUUAAUAACUUUUAGUUUUCUGAAAAUGUCCAUUGGGGCACUUUGAUACACUAAGACAUGGGGCACAUUGAUACGUAUAAAAGUGCCCCGCUAGUGUACAAUAGUGCCCCAAUAUACAAGUUUACAUGGAGUCUCUAAACUGAUUUCCUACACGUGAAAUUUGAAAAGAAAAAAACUGUUGUUUACUACAUGGCCAAAGUCAUUUCUAAAUAUCUGAUUAUCAAGUGUCAUAUCUCCGGAAAAAAACAGGAUCUUGUAUGUUUGUCUUCCCCAUUGUAGAAGAUAAGGCAAGCAUUGAUUUCAAGGAUGUUGUUUUGCAGUUGCCAAAACCAAAUUUCUCCAAGGGUGCAUCUCGAACAUCAUCUCUUUAUACUUUUUCUUUUGACUUCAGUGGAUAUAAUGUGCAAUAGAAGCUAAACGUUAAGUAAUUAUCUUAUUUUUUAUAAGCAUUUUGUUUAAAUUACUAUUUUUUGACUACCUAACAUGAGUUCUUGUACUUUCUAAAGUUUUUCCAAAGUUUUUUUUUAAAAUGGAUAGGUGUUUGAGGAAAGAUUAAUAUAAGUUUUGAUGUUUUGUUAAGAAAACCUGCCAUAAAGUCUAUAUGUGGGAAACAUUGUUAGUUUUGAUACGUAAUUUAGAUUUUAAGUAACGAAUUGUAAGGCUGAUUAUGAUCUCUCACAAUAAAAAAAUGUUUUUUUCAUUAUUUUUUUCUAAAUAAUUACCGUUCUCAUACAAUUUACGUUUUGUAUCAAAGUCCCCCAUCCACUGUAUCAAAGUGCCCUGUAGGUGGGGCAGAAUGAUACAAAACCCCCUUUUUUUUUUUACUCAAGUCAUUAUAUUCUCAUUAUCUUCUAACUUCUUUUGAUUGCUAUUAUUAUAUUGAUUAGUUAUGCCAUGCAUAAAGCAAUUUUUUUUAUUAUUUGACUCAUUUUGGUACAUAAAAUAUGAGAUUGAAUUUUUCUGCAUCAGUCUGCCCCACUUCCCCCUACGCACAAACACAUACAUCUCCACCCACGUAAGCAAGAGGCAUCACUAUCACAGUUCAAGGACAAAUUCUAGCCAGGCAAAAGCACUUGAGGAAGAUCUGAAGCAGGGCUAGUGAAGAGGGGGACGUGCAGAGAGUCCCAAGUCCAGACAGAAAGAAAGAUGGAGGGCUGCCUUUGGCCUCAAGGACUUAAACUGACACCCCCCUUUCAAGUGAGGUUCUGAGAUGGCUACUGAGAGACUCUUCUUUUUUCUUUGCUGUGAUUAAAGUAAAGGUAAAGGGACCCCUGACCAUUAGGUCCAGUCGUGACCGACUCUGGGGUUGCGGCGCUCAUCUCGCUUUAUUGGCCGAGGGAGCCGGCGUACAGCUUCCGGGUCAUGUGGCCAGCAUGACCAAGCCGCUUCUGGCAAACCAGAGCAGCGCACGGAAACACCGUUUACCUUCCCGCUGGAGUGGUACCUAUUUAUCUACUUGCACUUUGACGUGCUUUCGAACAGCUAGGUUGACAGGAGCAGGGACCGAGCAAUGGGAGCUCACCCCGUCGCGGGGAUUCAAACUGCCAACCUUCUGAUUGGCAAGUCCUAGGUUCUGUGGUUUAACCCACAGCACCACCAGAAACAAAUCUUUAAAUGGGGGGUUGCUCAAAGGAUGUCUUUCAUUUCAUUUUAUUAAAAUGCAAAAGGAUCUCUCAUGAUAUAAUCAUCAUCAUCUGUAUUUUGUUUAGAUGUUACUGUGUUAGGAUUUUAGUUGCGUGCUGGGUUGUUUAUAUUCUCAUUUAGUUUUGUUAUGGCGUUCGGUCAAAACAGUAUGAUUGUUAAAGCUAUCUUGAGAAUAGGAGCUAGGAAAUCAGGGCAAGCAGUUCCCCCACCCAAGAUUUCCACUCCUUUGUUUUCCAUGCUGUUGUUCUGCUUUGUGUUGUACUCCUCCUGAAUGUGGGCCGAAUGAGAACAUGCAAGUUUGAAUUGGGAGGCAGAGAAAUUCAGGCAGAGAAUGGCAAGGUUUUGAGCUGUGAGUUUGCCCGGAGUAGAAGCAGCUUGGAGUAGGGGGCCUUGGGGACCCAUCGUGUUGCUUUUCAUGGGGUGGGAAUCUUGCAGAACCUGCAGUUCUGCUGUCUACUGUUGGAGGUUGUUUGCUUCCACUGCUUGCAUAUUUAUUAUUAUUAUUAUUAUUAUUAUUAUUAUUAUUAUUAUUACAUUUAUUUAUACCCCUCCCUCCCCAGCCAAGGCCGGGCUCAGGGCGGCUAACAACUAAUAAUAAAAACAAGUUGUUUGAAAUACAACUUAAAAAACAAGAUUAAAAUAAAACAUUAAAAUGCAGCCUCAUCACAGGAGGAGAAAGGAAAAAAGAAAGAGGGGGAGGGAAUAAAACUGAUUCUAAGCCAAAGGCCAGGCAGAACAACUCUGUCUUACAGGCCCUGCAGAAAGAAAUCAGAUCCCGCAGGGCCGUGGUGUCAUGAGACAGAGUGUUUCACCAGGCUGGAGCCAGUGUUGAGAAGGCCCUGGCUCUGGUUGAGGCUAAUCUGACUUCCUUAGGGCCUGGGACCUCUAGGGUGUUGCUAUUUAUGGACCUUAAGGUCCUCUGUGGGGCAUAUCGGGAGAGGCGGUCCUGUAGGUACGAGGGUCCUAAAUUCUGUAGGGAGUUUUCUCACUACUCAAGGAAGUGAACAUGUUUUACAAUGAAGAAGCAAAGUGUUCAUGUGGCAGGGAGCUUGAAGCAACUUGAACAGAGUACCUGUUUGUAAAUGAAGGGCAAGCCUCUGUUGAGGCAUUGGAGAGAGUUCAGGAAUCUUAUUAACCUGGCUCUCAGGCCAGUUUCCUUUCAACACUGGGAGAUACUUGCUAGAUUAUUAUUAUUAUUUUGUUAAUGUGAACCUGCAAUCUGGGAGAAUGGAAACAGCAUUUUGCAAAUUAUGAAUCAAAUAUUGUCAUUUUGUUCCAGCCUCUGAAUUAUGGAAACAUCUUUUUGAACGUGGGUAUGUUCCAAUUUGAAAUGCCUUUCAAGUUUGGAGUAGAACUGGCUCUCAGUUAUUGAGUUGCUAAAUAGUUUUAUGAACGGAAGAGAUCUAUCUAAAACCUUCUGCGAUUCAUAUCUUUGAAAUCAUGUUUAGGGAAGUUUUUAAUGUUUGAUCUUUUACUGCAUUUUUAAAAAUCCUGUGGGAAGCUGCCCAGAGCGGCUGGGGAGGCCUGGCCAGAUGGGCGGGUAUAAGUAAUAAAUUAUUAUUAUUAUUAUCAUCAUCAUCCUCAUCAUCAUCAUCAUCAUCAUUAUUAUUAAAACAACCCCAAAAUAGACACGCAUACCUCAGUUGGCAUCAAGUUGCAGCUAAAACAAUUGCUAAUACAAUGGUACCUCGGUUUAUGAACUUCAUCCGUUCCAGAAGUCCGUUCUUAAACCAAAACUGUUCUUAAACCGAGGCGUGCUUUCUCUUGCCGCUAGUGCCGUUCUUAGACUGAGGUAAAGUUCUCAAACCAAGACACUAUUUCCGGUUUUGCAUAGUUUGUAAACCAAAUCAUUCUUAAACUGGACUGUUCUUAAACCGAGGUACCACUGUAUAUAAAAUAACCCUGUUCUGCUCUAAAACUUCUCCCAUAUCUUCAGAGAUAAUGUUUGAUUCUCAAAUGCCAUCACUCAAAUAAAUAGUAAUAAAUUAUUAUUAGAAAAUUAGUAGUAUGUGAGAUUAUUAGCCUCUAACAGACCAAGUGACACAUUUCUAUAAAAUCCUAUAAAAAGACUCUUAAUGGUACAAUCAGACAUGGAAGAGUCCUUCUCUGUCAUCAUACAACAAUCUUGUUUUCUUCUUCCCCAUAACCAUCCAUCUUCAUUGAUCCUUAGCUCUAUAUUGCUGCUAUGCUAAAACAGAUAUUCCAGGUUGCUCUUAGACUUGGAUAGGCUAUCCCUAGACAGGAAGGUGUUAAAUGCAUGUGGUGGCAUAAAAAUAAACCAGGAAGGUUGGCUUAUCUUGCAGAGAUGCAUAUGGCAUACAAAAGGAAGCUGUUAAGAUGUGUUGCCAUAGCAACUGCAUCUUCAGUGGCAGCAGCAGGCCACAAAUAUGCAGCUGUAAUGUAGUCAAAUUGCCAGCUGUGUGUGUGUGUGUGUGUGUGUGUGUGUGUGUGUAUGUAUGCGGGGUGUGUGUGUGUAUACAUUUACACACACACACACACACACACGUGUGUGUGUGUGUGUGUACACAACUUUAACCUUAGUAGUCUCAAGGUCAUUUAAAGCAAAGAGUACAAAAUUGUAUUUUGUAUGUACAAAAUUGUGUGCCACAAAAAAAGAAAAAAAGAAUCUGCAUUUUGUGGGAAAUAAAUAAAAUGACUAAAGCAAGGGGGGGGGACCUUUCAAGCCUAGUUUUCAGUACAUUCCCCAAAACAUUCCCUUCUCCAGGCUGUACACCUCACUGGUCCUGAUCAUGGCUCUUGCCUGCCAGGAUAAAGGCUAGAGAGCUGUGCGAGUGUUUUUGUGUGAGCACGUGCUGUAUAAAGGUGAAAUUUGUUGCUUUGCCCAGUUUUGCCUCCGGCCUCACCCACUGCUGGCAUUUGGCCCUCAGAAGGUUGCCCAGAUGGGAAUGUGGCCCUCAGAGUUGAAAAGGUCACUGAUCUCUGAAUUUAAGGCUCCUGCGAAUGCAAGGUAUGUUCCUGCUCUUCUGACUUCAUUCACAUCCUUUUAUUCAAGCUCAGCUGUGGUCAGCAGCAGAGAAGUACUGACAGAGAAAUAGCAGUUUAAGGUACAGUGGUACCUCUGGAUACGCACACCUCUGGUUGCGUAUCCUUCGGGUUACGCACGCAGCAAACCUGGAAGUGACAAAGUUUCAGUACAGAAAGAAGGGAGUUGGGACAGGCUCUGUUGUGUUGGCUUUUUGGUGUUGUCUGCUGUGUUGUACCCAUAUUUGCUAUUUCUCUUUGUUAAAACAACAGCAGCAGCAACAAUAACACUUCCCAAUCUAUUCAGACCACUCCUACAGCUUUCUACUCUCAGUCUUCUUGCCCUUUUAGCUCCCAUGCCAUAGCCAGUGAAGUUGUACAACCUGCUUUCUCUUUUGCAUCCCUGCCCAACCCUGACUUCACGCGAAUCCAGGAUUAUGAUUUACUACUACAGAGCCUCCCACGGAGACUGUGUGAUGAAAGCCUUAGACAUUUAUAUGUAUAAAAAGGUAAAGGACCCCUGACAGUUGAGUCCAGUCACGAACGACUAUGGGGUUGUGGCGCUCAUCUCGCUUUACUGGCCACAGACAGUUUUUCCGGGUCAUGUGGCCAGCAUGACUAAGCCGCUUCUGGCGAAACCAGAGCAGCACAUGGAAACGCCGUUUACCUUCCCACCUGAGUGGUACCUAUUUAUCUACUUGCACUUUGACAUGCUUUCGAACUGCUAGGUUGGCAGGAGCAGGGACCGAGCAACGGGAGCUCACCCCGUCGUGGGGAUUUGAACCGCCAACCUUCCAUUCGGCAAGCCCUGGGCUCAGUAGUUUAGACAACAGCACCACCCGCGUCCCUUUAUAUGUAUAGGAAGAUAUUAUUAGAAGUUGGAAGCUGUUUUUACUCUAAAGAAUAUAUUUGCUUUGUUUUGUCUUGGACUUUGCAUUCUUUGUCUGAGUCUAUUCCUCUUGAAUCAAAUCCAGUGGCUAGAUAGAGUUUGAGUAGCCAGUUCCAUGACAUGUACACAGGGUCCCACCCAAAUAGCCAAACAAAAACACACAUUUUCCUUUGCUUACUUAAUUCUUUUUGGCAUCUUACUUAAUCAUUUCUGCUGUAGCCACCAACCCCUGCCAAGAUCUGAGUCCAGGGUGCUUUCAGCCCUUAUCUUCAAUAGAGAAUAAUUGCUAUUUAUUUUUAAAUUAGGCCACCAAUCAUGUUGAAAUGUUGAACAACAUCUUUUCCUCCUCCUCUCCCUCUUUCUGUUUUUUGUUUUUAAGCAAUAGGCAAAACCUGCCUAUCUUGGCUAAAUCUCACAAAAAAAUUAAGGCCUUGCCCAACAUUUUGCCCACCCUCAGGAGGUCCUGCACCCUAUCUAAGCACUCAGUCAUGAAAACUAUUACAGUGGUACCUCGGGUUAAGUACUUAAUUCGUUCCAGAGGUCCGUUCUUAACCUGAAACUGUUUUUAACCUGAAGCACCACUUUAGCUAAUGGGGCCUCCUGCUGCCGCCGCGCCGCUGGAGCACAAUUUCUGUUCUCAUCCUGAAGCAAAGUUCUUAACCUGAAGCACUAUUUCUGGUUUAGCGGAGUCUGUAACCUGAAGCGUAUGUAACCCGAGGUACCACUGUAUUAUUAUUUUGUUAUUUAUUUAUCAUUGUAUUUUAUUUUGUGAAUAAUAAGAAUUGCCAUUCUAAGACAACAAUUCAUGAUAAGCUCCAGCACCUCUUUUUUUUAGGAAAACAGCACUGCCUAUACCCGUAGAUCUCAGGGCAGUUCACAACUUAAGAUUAGAGUAUAAAAAACCUAAAAUACAUGAUAAAAAGAAGACAACCCAAUAAUCCCCCCUUCCACAACACAUUUAAAAGGGCAUCAAGUGCCAAUUAGCCAAAGGCCUGGUUGAAGAGGAAUGUUUUUGCCUGGCGUGUAAAGGUGCAUAAUGAAGGUGCCAGUUGAACCUUCCUGGGAAGAGCAUUCCACAAACGGAGAGCCACUCCUGUCUGCUAUGCUGUUCUUGCAAGGGGUAUCAUGGAAGGGGGCCAGGGAAUUUGUAUGACCACAUAACCCUUUUCUGCCUAUGUUGCCUCUUCGGACAGUAACAAGUGAAGAGAGCUCUUGUUUCUAUCAUAGUCUCAGUUUGAGGUAAACCUAAGCCUAAUUUCUAAUAUACUGGAUUUUGCCUCACAUUUGGACAAAUUUUGACUAAUUUGGUUUAUGACCUGCCCUUCAACAGAUUCCGGGAGCAGCUCACAAAAGGCUAAAGUUACAUUAAUUAUCCCAUAACAGGAAAGAGCAGCAGAAAAGCAGACGGCUAAAAGCAGGCAUCAUUCACAGCAGCAGUAAGACAUUUUUAAUAUUAUUCUUUACAGUGGUACCUUGGGUUAAGUACUUAAUUUGUUCCGGAGAUCCUUUCUUAACCUGAAACUGUUCUUAACCUGAAGCACCACUUUAGCUAAUGGGGCCUCCUCCUGCUGCCACACCGCCAGAGCACGAUUUCUGUUCUCAGCCUGAAGCAAAGUUCUUAACCUGAAGCACUAUUUCUGGGUUAGCGGAGUCUGUAACCUGAAGCGUAUGUAACCUGAAGUGUAUGUAACCCGAGGUACCACUGUGUUAAGUUUCUAUACUGCCCUUCAUCCGAAGAUUACAGGGAAGUGUACAAUAUAAAAACACAAAAAUCAUAACACUAACAAACAAAAACAGUAUCACCCACUUCGUAGACGCACACACAAUUUAGAAGGCCAUGUAUUGUUUAACUAGACAAAUGCCUGGGGGAAGAGCGAUGUUUUUGCCUGGCACCUAAAGAUGUAUAAUGAAGGCACCAGGUGAGCCUCCCUGGGGAGGGCAUUCUACAAGCAGGGAGCUACCACAGAAAAGGCCCAUUCUCAUGUUUCAACCUUCUGAAUCUCUUGUGAAGGGGGCACACAAAGAAGAGCUUCAUCUUAUGAGUGCCGGGUCUAGGUUGGUUCAAAUAGGUAGAAGCGGUCCUUGAGGUAUUGGGUCCUGAGCCAUUUAAGGCUUUAUAGGUCAAAACCAGCACUUUGAAUUGGGCCCAGAAACUAAUUGGUAGGCAGUGCAGUCAGGUCAGGAUCGAUGUAAUAUGCUCAAAUCAUCUUUUCAUGAUAACACACCAACCCUAGAUUCAUUCUGUUUGUUUGUUUAUCUAUUUAGUUUUUUAUCCUAUCUUUCCUCUAAAAGACAUCAUGGCUGGUAAAAGCUAUCAGUUCAAAACUGCAAUAAAAUAAAACGCUGUGAUAAAUUCUAAUAUAGGAAGAUUAUCUGCCUAUUACAUUGAAAAUAGUUCACAAUUACAUAUCUGAGGAAGACUUGGAACCAUUUCUGCAACGUUUGCUGGGAUUUCAUUUCUUACAUGUCAAUUUUAGAUAUACAGUGGUACCUUGGGUUACAUACGCUUCAGGUUACAGACUCUGCUAACCCAGAAAUAGUACCUCGGGUUAAGAACUUUGCUUCAGGAUGAGAACAGAAAUUGUGCUCCGGCAGCGCGGCAGCAGCAGGAGGCCCCAUUAGCUAAAGUGAUGUCUCAGGUUAAGAACAGUUUCAGGUUAAGAACGGACCUCUGGAACGAAUUAAGUACUUAACCCGAGGUACCACUGUACAAAACUGUCUUCCCGCAACCAAAUUGCAAAAUUUGGCUUUCAUGGCUUUCGUGAUGCUUUUAUUUUUCCAUCUUACCUUCUUUCUAUUUAUUUGAAAAAUAUAACCUCUGUACCACAGUUCUGCAAUUUUGAUAAACGUGGGGGUUUUCUUUGGCAUUUUUUAUGUUAUGUUAAAAAAAAUUUAAAUUAAAAAUAAAUAAAUUUUAAUGCAGUUUCACAUAGCUUUCACCCUCUAGAAUGUAUUUACUGUAGAGUGGCAUUCAGCAGAAGGUUGGGUUCCAUAGAUUGUUCAUGUACAACAUUCAGGUCAGCAGUAAAAUGUCCUGAGAGAUUGAGAUAUUCUCACUGGCUUCUUAUUAUUGCCAUUUCUAACAUUAGAUUUGUAUUCAUUCAUUAUUUUGCUUAGAGACUGGUUGUGCUAGGUAGAAAGCAGCAAGAGACUGCUAACACAUUGUUCUUCCUGUUGUAGCUCAGGCCUUGAGAACAUGAAGCUUCACCAUGCUGUCAACCUUCCAGUCAAAUAUAUUUCAGCUUGUUUCUGACCAUUAAAUUUGUUCAUCCAUUCCCCACCCCACAUUAAAAACAUUGACAUUUGCAAGUGUUUGCAAAAAUGCAGAAGAGUUCAUAUUCAUCAGCAGGCUACCCCUGCAGACUUGUGCUGCUAUAUAGAGUAAAUUUGCGUAGUGAUAUUAACGCUUAUGCAGAGUUCUGCCUAAUGAGCUGUGACUCUACUGGCUAUGCUGAAAAUACUAAUUAAGAGGGGGGAAACAACUCUUUUCCUGUCAAUAUUUUCAGAGAUGCCCUCUGGCAAGUGGAACUGAAGGAAUGCUGUUUUAAGGAUCAACUAUUUCAAUUUUUCCCUAUUUGGAAACUUAGUGUGUCUCCAGAAGGUUGCUUUUUGAGUAGGCUUCAGUCACAUACUUGUGAAUUUUGAGCUUUUGCACAAAAAAUAUUUUCCCAAAAGAUAGGACUUUUGUGAAAGAAAGUGAUGGGUAGAUGCAGCAGAAAGUGUGAGAUGACACUUGUCACUGGAGAGCAGGUGAGGUUCCUGCAGACCGGAAGCAGGCAAAUGUUGUCCCGAUCUUUUUAAAAAAAGUGGGGAAAGAAGGCCCAGGAAACUACCAACCAGUGAGCUUGAUGUUGAUACCAGGGAAGGCCCUAGAACAGAUAAUGAAACAGUUGCUCUGUGAGCAAUUAGAAAAGUAUCCUGUGAUUACUAAGACCCAGUAUGUGUUUCUCAAAAACAAGUCAUGCCAGACAAACCACAUGUCUUUUUGAUGAAGUUACAAGCUUGGAGGAUCAGGGAAAUGCUGUGGACAUCUUGAUUUAAGUAAGGUUUUUGACAACCCGCCAGUGAUAUUCUUGUGAACCUGGUAAAAUGUGGGCUGGACAAGGUAACUGUUAAUUGGAUUUGUAGCUAGUUGACUGACCAAAUUCAAAGAGCGUUCACAAAUGGUUCCUUAUCAUUCUGGGGAAAAGUGACAAAUAGGGUGCUGCAGGAUUCUGUUGUAGGCACAAUAUUGUUCUUAAAAAAUACCAAAUCUAGUGUGCCAAUGUCAAUGCCAGGAUAUCUGUGACAUCAUCAUCACCAUCAUCAUCAUAAUUUAUUAUUUCUACCCCGCCCAUCUGGCUGGGCUUCCCCAGCCACUCUGGGUGGCUUCCAAAAGAAUAUUAAAAUACUGUGAUACAUCAAACAGUAAAAGCUUCCCUAAACAGGGCUGCCUUCAGAUGUCUUCUAAAAGUCUGGUAGUUGUUGUUCUCUUUGACAUCUGGUGGGAGGGCGUUCCACAGGGAGGGCGCCACUACCGAGAAGGCCCUCUGCCUGGUUCCCUGUAACUUGGCUUCUCGCAGUGAGGGAACCGCCAGAAGGCCCUCGGUGCUGGACCUCAGUGUCCGGGUAGAACGAUGGGGGUGGAGACGCUCCUUCAGGUAUACUGGGCUGAGGCCGUUUAGGGCUUUAAAGGUCAGCACCAACACUUUGAAUUGUGCUCGGAAACGUACUGGGAGCCAAUGUAGGUCUUUCAAGACUGGUGUUAUAUGGUCUCGGCGGCUGCUCCCAGUCACCAGUCUGGCUGCUGCGUUCUGGAUUAGUUGUAGUUUCCGGGUCACCUUUAAAGGUAGCCCCACGUAGAGCGCAUUGCAGUAGUCCAAGCGGGAGAUAACCAGAGCAUGCAUCAGAAAUUGUUUUCUGAAUUACCAUUGUUAAGUACGAAAUUAUCACUUCACUUUUCUUCUUUUCAUUUCCUUGGGAGCUCUCUUUUUAUAAUCCCCAUGCAACCUCGGGCCUGCAACUCAGGACAACACUUUUACGCAUCUGAAAAACUGAACUGUAGUGCCUGAAAGCUUAGGGCAUAAUAAAUUGGUUAGUCUUUAAAGGGCCAUAAUACUUCUUACAGUUUUAAAAAGAACAGUUACUAGGGGAAAAAAGAGAGACCGGGACUCUCCUAGAUAGAUAAAAGUGGUUAGCUUAAGAGGGUGAAAGCGGUAUAAGAUAAAUAAUUGCUGCUUCUGCAAUGGCAAGAGGUUGAAGCUAAGUAAAUUUUAAUUGCUGCAGAAGGUGGUCCUGUGCACUGUACACAAAUAAUAUGUUUUGCCAUGGAUGCUGUCAGUUUGGACUGAGCAUGCUCUGCAGGAGAGAAAUGCUCUCCAGUUGGUUAGUUUAUACAGACUUUUGCUUAAAACAGAAAGAAAUCAGACAUGAUGGGGAUGCAUAGAUUGGCAGGAGUUAGAAACUGGAGAGUAGCAUGAUGGGUAAAAGUGAAUAUGAAACAAUAUUAUGUUGGGUCAUGUCACUUUCAGGGUCAGUGUUCUUAGCAUUGCUUGGAAAUAGCUGCCAAGGCUUUCAAGCACAGGAACAUUUAAGCCCUCCUGGAAAUGCCAAGGAUGCAAUGUGUGUCAUUUUCUAAGCAAGGAAGAGAUUUUAUCUCGCUGGCGAAUUCUGUGAUUGGCCCCAGCCUGCAGGUGCAAGACUCGCUGGGUUGGAAGUCCUUGACUAUGGGAGGAGUUUGCAGUUGCAGGGUCCCUCUUAAAGCCUUCUCUGAUAGCUUACCUAGUGAAGAGAAGAGAAGAGAAGAGUGAGAGUCAGAUCCAGCCAAGAGCACGGACACAAUUCGUUCCCGUGCCUAAACUCUUUUGCCAUGGGGCGGUUAAUGAAAUCGGCAUGCUUACGACGACCUCUAAUCCUCAUCAUGCAGCUGACUAUCGCAUAUAUCGCUGUCACUUUCAGCACCACAACCAAGAAGGUAAAUUACUUGUGUUUUGUGUGAAUGUAUAUGUAUGUAUGCAUGUAGUUAUUAACAUGAGAGCAUACCUAAGGGUGUGUCUGAACAGGCACAGGGACACUUGGUUUCACAGUACGGCAGUCCGUACAGCAAAUACUUUUGUGGGUGUGACUCAGAAAUGGGUGAGCUUUCAUAAAUACACAUGCUUGCAUAUAUGUGUUUACCUCCUCCUCCUCCUCCUCUUCCUCCUCUUCCUUCUUCUUUCUAUAAUCACACCUUUCAUCCAAGGAGUCAAGGUGGUGUACAUGGUACUCCUACUCUCCAUUCUAUCUUCACAACAUUCCCGGAAGGUAGAGCGGACUAAGAGACAGUGAUGGGCCCGAGGUUACCCUGUGAGUUUUAUGGCUUAGCGGGGAUUUGAAUCCUGGUCUCCUAGCCCAGCACUCUAGUUACUGCACCACAAUGCAUGUGUUGAUCUCUAUGUGUGUGUUUCAAAGUUUGUGGGUGUAAAAGCAGUGAGUGUCCUCUCUGUCUGUGACUCAAUGGAGGUGAGCCCUGAAGGGGCACAGGCAGCUGAAUAUAUUGACAAGUCUCCCACCUUUGCUCCAGUCCACCCUCUACCACAAAUUAUUGUCCUCACAUGUAUUACUGCAAUAUCUGACUUGCUGAUGCUAUGGAAUCGAUAGAGAAUGACAUCUUGACCCCAUUAAAGCCAAAGGCGGUUCUGGCUUCAUUAGGGUUUGCAUUUCACUAUAAAGAAAUAAGCAACUCAAGGAUCAUAAUAGCAUCGCCCAGGAAAAGGCCAGGGUGGGGGGAGGCAGGGAGAUAUGAGGCUGAACCGUUUGUGUAGCAUCCCAUUAAUCAUCAUUUCAGAAAGCUUAUUUUUGUGGCUUCAGCCUACUGAAGACCAUUCUUCCCGACGUCUCUCAGUUUGGCAAUACAGAAUAAACUGACUGAACUUCAAACCAGAUGACAAUAUAACAAAACAAUGUGAUGAGUCUGCACCUUAUUUAUUACCAGUUAAACAUAGGCCAGAAUUAAUAGGGUUUUUUUCUGGCAGCAGCUCUUUCAUUUUUACAUAUUUACAUAGAAGAAAUAGCUGAGCUACCGUUAGUUAGAUCAUUUGUAAGCAAAACCACCUGUGUUUUAUCCCAGCAGAUAAAUUAUAUCAUCACUAAAUAUUGGAGGGAUUUUCCAUUCACAAUAAGAAUAAGCCCAAAAGUUGUGGAACUCCCUCUUUUUUGAUCUCUGAUGGUUUCGACUGUUGCAAUUCAUUCUGGGUUACAAGUUCCAAGAUUCUCCAGCUGUUCCAUUCACAACUAGCUUCAUGUCUCGGGGCUAAGCAAACUCUUCCAAUGUGCUGAUAAUUUGAUUGUGGUUGCGUGCGUGAGAUCCCUGGGCAUAGACUGCCACCACGAGGCAAUGAAAUACUUCAAACCGCUCUGCUAUGAGCCUCUGAAAAAGAUUAGGUAUAGGACAGCCAUAGGAAGGUCCCCGGGAACGAGCAAAAGUUUCCCAAAUGUUCUUGGAUCUAAGGCAUUAUAAAGUAAAAUGUUGUUUUGAAUACCAUAAAUUAAACAAUGUGUGGUUUAUGACAAAAUGUACUACAUUUUUAUGACUGUAGCAAGCCUCACGGUGAGCUCUGGGAUCUCUUAAAUUUGUUGUCAUCAGUUGUGAAGCUUGCAAAAUACACACCAGUUAUAGCUUUUGAUAUUGCUGUCUGCUCUCGUGUGCUGCGGUUGGCUAGCAAUCCCUUGCGUCUUUGCCCGCCUAAACUUUAAAUGCUCCGUGAGAGAGUUUAAGAGCAGACUUAUCUGAAUUUAGAAAAGGAUUGUAGCUCAGGGCAAAUAAUCCAUUGCAGUUUCUCACAGUUUCUCAUUUUUUCCCCCAAUCUCAAGUUCAACUUUCCACAUUUCUUUAGUUUGAACUUUACACAUUUCUUUAUACAAUUAGAGGUAUAUAGGGUGUUGGGGGAGAGGUAGUACCCCUGGUGGGGGACACAUAUUGCUCCUUCUGGGUUAGUUUGUACACCUUUGGCCCCCACCCUACAUUCAGCUUUCACCUGUGGCUCCGAGAAGCUGCCAGUAUGUGACAGCAGCCACACCCCGGGAAACAGCUUUGACUGGCUGGUAGCUGAUGGGUCUCAAACCCUCAGUGACUAGCCCCUGCAUACAAAGACAGGGUCUGGCGGAAUGAGCGGAUGAGGCCAAUAGUGGGUCAAAUGGUCAAGAAGGCAGUCCAAGUUCCAGGGUGUUCGACAACCAGGGUACGACUGUACCAAAAAAUAAAUAUAUUUUAAAAAAUCCCUCCAUACUGAAAGCUGGGUGUCAGGCAAAGCGUUCUGCCGUAGCUGGUUUUCUAUGUGCAUAGAUUUAUUUAUACAGUGGUACCUCUGGUUAUGUACUUAAUUCAUUUUGGAGGUCCGUUCUUAACCUGAAACUGAGGGGGAGAACAAGAAAAAAAAUUCUCCCCCUCUCUGCACAGCUCCUUCAGAGAAGUUCCAUUUCUCCUCCCGCUUCACUGAAGGGGCGCUGCACAGAGAGGGAAAGCUGUGCAGCGCCUCUCCAGUGAAGCGAAGCCAGGAGAGCGAGAGGGGUUGGUGCGCAACAAUCCCUCUCGCUCUUCUGGCUUCAGCGAAGCAACCUGAAGCCUGGAGAGCGAGAGGGGUCGGUGUGCACCGACCCCUCUCACUCUCCAGGCUUCAGCGAAAGCAACAUGAAGCCUCUGGAGCGUGGAGAGAGCGCUCCCUCUGCGCUUCGGAGGCUUCGCGUUGCUAUCGCUGAAGCCAAAGAGCCUGCAUUCGCUCCAUAAGACGCACACACAUUUCCCCUUAAUUUUUGGAGGGGAAAAAGUGUCUUAUAGAGUGAAAAAUAUGGUAAAUACAAAGCAAUGUAAAAGGAAUUGGCAGCCAUAAAAUAAGUUAGAUUAACAAGCAAAUGAAAGCUUUUGCUUGGUGCUAAAAUUAUAUCAAAACAGGCAUUCCUGGUCAGAGCAUUUUACAGCCAGGGUAUCGCCACCGAGGUCCUUUCUUCAGUUGCUAUCCACCAUAUAUUCAGUGAUGUUGGCCCUCAAAGAAAAGACUCUAAAAUAUUUUAGGAAGGGCCAUAGCUCAGGGGUAGAGUAUCCAUUUUCCAUGCAGAAUACCCCAGUUUCAAACCCCAGGAUCUCCAUGUAGGACUGGGAGAGACCUGAAUUUGAAGCCCUGGAGUGCAGCUGCCGAUCAGUGUAGAUGGGCCAAUGGUCUGACUCAGUAUAAGGCAGCAGCCUCUGUUCUUCCUCACAGGUUUGGCUUAUGGGGGAAGUCUUCAUCUGUUCAGUGAUUGAAGCCACACACUUGGUCCCCAUGCAGCCUGAAACCAUCUAAUUUGAUGUCUGCUGCCCUCUACCUCCUCUUCUUAGAAGGAAGAAGCUGGUUAAUCCUUGUCCAAAAAUACAGGAUGUCAAAAGCCAUAUUCCUCCCAAGGUUGAGUUGUUCAAUGUUGAAAUAACACAUACAUCUGUCACAGAGCCCUAGGAGUAGAGAGAUAAUACAGAGGAAAUCCAGUUGUCUUGUUUAAAGCUUCUAAUAAAAUGAUACCUUUUAUUUAAAUACUGCAUUAUGUAGUUAUGCGCUCUCUCUCUCUCUCUCUCUCUCUCUCUCUCUCUCUGCCUGCAGGCUCAUUCCAGAUGCACUAAAAUGAUCAGAUUUAUUUCCAUAGCUGGUACUAACUUUUAUUUGCCCAUUUGUAAGUGGGGAGGUGGUAGCAUCCCUUAGGGUUCUGUGGAAGGCUUCUCUCUCAUCAAGAAAAUGCAGGGUGCUUUGCUAUUUACGAGAUCCUUUAUGGCUGAUAAAUUUAUGUGGAAUAGUCCAUAAAUACUUCCGGUGUGUGGGGGGGAGCGGGGAGAGGCAGUAACAUCAUUUACUGUUUCCGAAAGAACGCACAUCUUUCCUCUUUUUAGUGAGCGUCAGCCAAGUGAAUUAUAGUUCUGAUUUCAGGGAGAGUUGUGACAGCACAGAAAGACCAUCAGAGGAUUUGUUAUAAUCCAGUUCAGUACGACCCCAUCAGCACUAUGCAUUUAAAUGAGCAUUAUAUCCAUUUAAACAGUCAUGGAUGCCUCCUCAAGAAUUCUGGGGAACUGUAGUUUGAUAAGAGGUGCUGAGGGCUGUUAGGAGACUCCCUGUUCCCCUCACAGAGCUACAAUUCACAGAGUGGAAUGCUUCUUCACAAGCUCUGUGAGGGGAAAAGAGCUCUCCUAACAUCUUUCAGCCUGCUUAACAAACACAACUUCCCAGAAUUCUUUGAGAAUGUUAAUUUAAAAAUCUUUUUCAUCUCAUCAUAAACGAGGUUCCAGAACUCUCUAAUUUCUACCUCUACUAGUCAGGCAGUGCACUUCUAUUCAUGUUUUGGGCUUACUCUAAAGUAAGCCUGUUUAGAAUUGCAGUUACAAACUGUAUAAUAAAAACUAUGGUUGCCAGGUCAUCUUGAGAUUUAGAUGUGUGAGGUGGAGCCGAUGACUGAGAGGGUAAACCCUGACUAUGCUUGGAGGCUCAGGAGGGUGUAGCUCAAUAUACUGGAGAAACAGAGCUGGAAACAAAAGCUUUCAAAUCAAGCAGUUUUGUCUCCUUACCCUGAAAUUUUAGCUCAUUGAGAAAAUAGCUUAAAAUUCAGGUCAAAGACUUCCCAAUAACUUGAAUAAAGACACCCCCCCCAUGAAUUCUCCCAUUCCCCAUGGUAGUCUUAUCUGUGAAUGUGUGAUAGAAUCAAAUCACUUUAAGCUUGUAAAUACGUUGAGCAACAUUCAUUCUUAGGCUGCUCCUAGCUUGUAAGUUUAUGCAGACUUAUGCAACUGUAAUGUGAAGGGGAAAGAAACAGCAAAAGAAGUUCUGUGUCAUCCUUAUAUUUGUUUUGGAAUAAGCCUUAACCACAUCCACAUGGAAGGCUGUCUGCAUUGUUGACCUCUGGGACUCAGAGGCUCAAAGCGAUGAGAGAACCCAGACAAGCUGUAUUCUCACCAUGACUUUGCAUUGUAAUUCUGGCAAAGGGAUGCAAGUAUGAUAUAUAGUCUCUUUUUCGGCUGGUCAAAUGUGAGUGUGCUUGAAUGAUUAUUGUUUUGGAUUCCAAAACUAAGGUCACAAGCAAGUUGAACCCAACAACACUCCUAUUGAAAUGCAUUCACUAUUAAAAGUUAUAAAAGGAAGCUGGAAAGCAUUAAUGCCAGAGAUAAGAUUCGGAAUUCUGAACUAUUUCCAGUGUAGAGUUGGGAUAUUUUCUUCCUACGCAGUGAUUAAAAGGAUGUUGAUGUUUUGGUAUCUAAACUCCUAAAGCUUUGAACACAUUAGCGACUUAAAACGCAGCAGGGCCAUUUCACUCAUUAUGUUUCAAGCCACAUUUGCAAACUGCUGUUCACACCAUGGGGGGGGGUGUCUUCGCCCGAUCCAUAUUACCUUUUUGGUGUCCCCCCCCACUCUCAACUGCACAUGUGCUAUCAUCUGUGCAUGCACAAUGGCUGUCUCAUAGGUACACACCUCAGCUGAAAUGCAAAGCAGUGGGAGAUGGUUUGGGAGGAAAUCUGAUGGAAGGUAGGGUUUUUUUGGGGGAGAGGCUCACCAAACAGCAGCAUUUCUCAAGAAACUGCAAGAUUGAUGUGGGUUGUGGCCAACAUCAUGUGUUCAUAGCUUCAAACACCAGUGGUAGGAACGCAUUGGAGCCAGAUUAAAUGGUAAUGUAUACACAACCUUAAUAUCUGUGUUCACGUUGGUCUGUGACAACACUCAGGUCAUUAUUCUAGUAUGGCAUGUUCCACAGCUUGGAAUAUCUACAGGGUUCUGCUAUCAAUCUUUAUGAUUCCCGCUGAAAAAUUGUAAUCUGCAAAUGCAAAUAAUUUGCCCCAGGGCAUACAGGAAUGACUCCUGCCCUUUGAGCCACCUCACAGCUCUGCCUUUGCCUCACAGCAGGAUUUUGGUUUUGGAUGCAAACACCACUGAACACAUUGAAAUGUACUUCUGAGUAAACGUGUAUAAGAUUGGGUUUUGAUUCUGUUGAAUCAACUUGUUCAAGACCAUUUUCCAGGUUUCUUCUAGAAUCUUCCAACAGGCUCAUCCAUACUUUGCGUGUCCCUUGAUUUCUAGGCACAGGCCUGAGAGCUUUUUCUUUUGCCCUGUCUCUUUCCCUGGGAAAACCCGCUGUCUACUGCUGAAUCGGAACAAAUGUCAAUCUGCAGAAAACCCAAUUGAUGUUUGUUUUGAUUCAGCGGUAAACAGCGGGUUUUCCUGGGGAAAGCGGCAGGGCAGAAGAAAAACCUCUGAUAAUCAUGCCCAGAAAUCACAGGACACAGCGGAAAUGUGGAUGACCCUAAAUAUUUCAGCAAAAUUUCAAGCAGGUCAAACGUUUGAAACCUGGGAGCCAUUUGCCUGAUUUAUAAUACUGUGAAACCAAUUUGCUUAUGUGUGUUUUGCCUUUAAAGGAGCUCUCUGAAGAUCCUCACUUGGUUGUCAAUGGAAUCAGUUCCCACGACUUGCACCAAGGGAAGCUGGGAAACUGCUGGUUUGUGGCAGCCUGCUCUUGCCUGGCCCUUCGGCAGAACCUCUGGCAAAAGGUACUGUGCUACUGAGCAACAGACGAGGAUUCCCAGGGCUCUAAAGCGAUGGGUGUCAAGGACGCUAAAGCCAGCUACUCUGGGAAUACUUUCGCUUUUAGACAGUAAUAACAAUAAAUCAUAUGUGGUUUAGGAUCCCAAGUCCUUUUGAUCUUGGAAGAGAAACAACUGGUGUUUCUUUCCAUGAGUGAUUUUUUAAUGAGCACAUCUGGAUGGGGAGGCAGGGUCAAAUGCAGCCCUCCAGGGUCAAAUGCAGCCCUCUUCCGUUCAGAACUUUCCCCAAGCCCACAGUCCUCACAGACUUGGCUUCAUCCACCGAUUGAGUGUUUUUGAUUGGAUGGAACUAUGAUUGUGGCCCCUGGAAGAUCACCAAGAAUGCAAAGCAGCCCUUCAUCUGAAAAAAAAGUUCUUCAUCCUUUGGCUGACCAAUUUACUCUGAAUGAAUAAUUUUGUAAAACCAUCCAUUUCCCUAACAGGGCAAAUAGGAUCUGAGGAGAGGUGAUUCGUAUCAGGAAGAAGGUGUGGGAGGAAAGGCUUAGCCUCUUCUCUUAGCUCUGCAGUCCCAAACCAAUCCCUUCUACCUUGUACAGUGGUACCUCUAGUUACAAACUUAAUUCAUUCCGGAGGCCCGUUCUUAACCUGAAACUGUUCUUAACUAGAGGCGUGCUUUUGCUAAUGGGGCCUCUUGCUGCUAUUGUGCCACUGGCACACUAUUUCUGUUCUCAUCCUGGGGCAAAGUUCUCAACUUGAGGUAACUCUUCCAGGUUAGCAGAGUUUGUAACCUGAGGCAUUUGUAACUCGAGGUACCACUGUAUCCUCUUUUGAAACUAAUUGAAAUAUAGAUGCAAGAUUAUAUAUAUAUAUAUAUAUAUAUAUAUAUAUAUAUAUAUAUAUGGAUCUCCAGCAUCUUUACCCACGAAAACUAGCAUGACUUGCUGCAAACCAUUGGCGUGUCUGUUCUUCUACAUUCUGUCCCUGUUGAAGGUGCAGCGCUCCAGUUUUAGAAAUCUGGCAGGGGGCACAGAGUGGAGGCAAGACCAUAUCUAUGGUGGUUGUUUCAGGCUUCAAAUACAUGGGCUUAGUUACAGUUAGGGAAAGAGUGACAAGCAGGAAGAUCAGGGUCUGCUGGAAAAAUAUCUGGGUGAUUUCCAGGAGAUUGGUAAGGAAAAGCUAGUAGCCUUUUUUCUAGGGCUAUAAGAAUGAUCUUAACUAAGAAGGAAUUUAAAUUGUUUCCUUGUCAUGGAAGUCUCCCCCUCCCCAAUUACAAAUUAUUUUUUACAAAUCCAUGUUUUUUGGGGUCUGAUUAUUUUUUUAAUGGAUCCAUUUUAUCAGUUAAUCGAGAAAUGUUUCCUGCCUCAAUGCUUUGAGUAAUUCUGUUUCUUUGGACACUUUAGGUGGUUCCAGAUGUUGAGGAACAGGACUGGGUUUCAGAUAAGCCAGAUCAAAAUGUGGGGAUAUUUCACUUCUGCUUCUGGCGUUUUGGAGAAUGGAUUGAUGUGGUCAUAGAUGACCGCUUGCCAACUGUAGACAAUGAGCUGAUCUAUUGCCAUUCUAACGACCGCAAUGAAUUCUGGAGCGCCCUUCUGGAGAAGGCCUACGCAAAGUACGUGAUUGCUUUGACUUGGCACAAUUUCUGUUCUUUCAACAAAAUGAAAACUGCCUCGUAAUGUUGUUACAAAAUGUUACAAUGUUACCAAAACCAAGUGGUUUUAACAAAUUGCCUAUGAUGAUCUUGGGGCCCCUUCCUACCUCAUGCCUUACAUAGAAUACACAAAUUAUCUAAGAGUGAUCGGGGGUCUGCAGUAGAAAGACUAAAUUAAAAAGAGCUGAUUUUCACUUUCCCUGCAGUGCAUAGAAUACACAUGUAGCAUGGUCAGAUUGGGAGGGUUUCCUAUGAGAAAUUUCAUGGAGACAGAAGUACUAUAAGGGACUUCCUCAACAGUCCAGAUAAAGUUGGCAAGGUAUCCAUACCCAGUGCUAUUUUUCUAGAAAACGAGGUGCCAGAACUCACCAUGAACCCAUGUUCUCUUAUAAUGACAAUAGUGCCUACUUGAGAGGUGCCAGACCUGAGUUCUGGCAAGUUCUGGAUGAAAAGAACACCCUGUCUAUACCUGUAGGUAAUGCAUAGCUCUCCCUUGACAGCACAAUUCUACUCUAGUUCAAAUUUAAUGGGGCUUAUCUGCAGGAGAGUGCAGGAGAGUGGGCAGGAAAUGGCUAGGAGGACAAAACUAAAAGGUGUAUUCCUUUCAUUCUCCCACUCUGAGCUAAGGAUGGUGAGAUCUAGGUCUCUGGGUAAACAAAUUAUAGGAAACAGCAGUUUUUGUAGGGGGCUAAGACUAGCUAGCGAGAUGGCAAGGCAGAGAAUUGAGUUUUAGCUUGACCAACUUACAUCAUUCUGGAGUUCUGGCUGCCUUUCUCUGGAGAUCUGAUGUGGGGUAGUGGAUUUCCCCAUAGGUUGGAGUAUUUAAGCUGUGCCUGCUCCACCUUUGCCCAACCCGUGCAUUUUUAAAUAAACCCAAAUAUUACAAAAUACCAACAAGUGUCUAGUGAUCUCCUAACAAAGGAAAUGAAACCUAGGUAAGCACGAUGCCUCUAGAGGGGAGGGAGGCAGCCCAUUGGGAGCAGCGAAACCUUCUUCAUAUAUUUGGGUGUGUCCUCAAUGUGCAUUGUGUUACCACUAGGAUGGCCGGGUCUUAUGAAGCCCUGGAUGGUGGCAACACCGCAGAGGCCAUCGUUGACUUCACAGGAGCAGUUGCAGAAUCCAUUGACAUGAUUGAUGGCCACUACAGCCAUGAUAUCAUCGAGCGGGCGAAACUCUUUGAAGACUUGCUGAAGGUGCAAAGAAGAGAAGGAUUAAUCAGCUGUUACAUCAUGGUAAUUUUAUAUUACUAAGAGAAGGAGCAUUUUAAAAAAUUAUAAUAUAGUUGCUUGUCACCCAGAAAGUCUCCUAGAGGCCUACACUGAAAAUAUAUCUACCAUUCAAAUGUGGAGGAGGAUUCAAAUGGUGCAUAAAAAUUCCAUACAGCAUGGUGGGGGAAACAAAAAACAAGCAAAACACCAGUCCCCACCCCAUAAGAAUAAUAAGAAAUAACAUUAGUAAACAAUAAAUGAAACAAUACUCCAACCCACUAACUAACAAAUUAUAAGAGUGAUAGGGGGUCUGCAGUAGGAAGACUGAACUAAAAAGAGCUGAUUUUCACUUUCCCUGCAGUGCAGUCCCAGGAGCCUGAGUUGUGUGUGUCGGUGUAUGUGUGCACGCACGCUCCAUACUGACAUCUUCAGUGGGAGAAUGACAAAGCGUAAGAGAUGUCUGGAGCUGUGCAUGGAGUGAGAGUUCACCCGUAGUUCCCUUGAAGGCACACUGGAUUGUCGGAAGACAAAUCUGUGUGGAAAGAGCUCCCUGGGGAUAGAAGCUGUGAAAACCAAAUCUGCAACCUAAUCUGUCCCUUGCCAUGCUCUUGACUCUUCACAGAAAUGUGAGGUUCCACCCGCUUUGGAAUAGGGUGAGGGAUGAAUAAUUCCUGGAUCAGACAUAGAUGAAUAAAGCAGAGUUUUCCAGCUUCCAGUCCAAGCUUCUACCGCCUUCCCAGUUUGUUUGGUUGCUUAUUUCUCAUAGUCACAAUCAAUUUUCCAAACACUCAUUUACAGCGGACAAAUUGUCAUUUGGUGCUGAUUACAAAUUCCAGGAGAGCAGUUGUGUUGCAUUUUUUUUAUUUGCUUGCUUGCUUGCUUACUUGCAUGCAAAUAAAUAAAAUGCAGCAGAACUACUCUCCGGGAAUUUGUAAUCACCACUCAUUGGUGAUUAUUUGCUUGCGUACUUAACCUACAAGCAGUUCUAAACUGCUUAAUAGUUUAAAAUACAACAUAAAAACCUAUAAAAUGGUAUUAUACAACAGACAAAGCCCUGGAAAAUGGCAAAGAAUCACAUGGCGUUUCUUGGUGUCUUAGUUUUACGAAACUGCCUUUAUUAUACCAUUCAUAGGCCACUUACUUGUGUACAUUCAGUGAAGGUAUAUGUAUAUACAUACAUACGUGUUUAACAGUGCAUGAUAUAAGGGGAAGGGCCAUAGCUCAGUGGUAGAGCAUAUGCUUUGCAUGCAGAAGGUCCCAGGUUCAAUCCUUAGCAUCUCCAUGUAGAAUUGGAGCAAACCCUGCCCUAAGUCCUGGAGAACCACUGACAGUCAGUGCAGAGACCUAGAUGGCCCAAUGGUCUGACUCCUUGGAAGGGAACUUCCUAUAUACCUAUUAGACACAAUAAUGCUUUCAUUCUGUUGGCAUCAAGAUGACAAAUUUCUGGGUAGAAGCAACCUUGCAUGCCUCCCUUGCGUGGAACUAUAGUGGAAUAUAGCACAUGUUUAGCACUCUUUCCAAUAUUUGCAGACAGUUUUUUCCCCUGGAAGCAAAUAUGAAAACAAGCAUUAAGCAUGCUCUAUAUUCCAGCUCCAAUGAAAUAAACUGCCAUGCAAAUGCAGCCUCAGUCAGACAUUGGCCAUCAAACUCAAUUUGGUCUACACAGGCUAGCAGCUGCAUGCAGAGGAGUAGGGAAACCCAUACAGGGCUAAAAGAAGCCCUGGACCCAGGGGCUUAUGUGAACAUGAUGUUCAUUUGUAGAAUGGCUAUCUUACCGAGGACUCUGUAACAAGCAGCACCCCAGUCUUUUGAUAGACUGAACAAAAUACAUUGUUCAUAGCAGCUCACUGGAACACAGGAAGGAGGCCAUUGUUCCAACUAGCCCAGUGUUUUCUGCAUAGACUGGCAGCAGCUGUCUUGCGGUUUCGGACAGUGGACAUUCUCCCACUCCCCAUUGAGAUGUUACAAAUGCAACCUGGGGCCCUCCACGUGCAGAGCAGGCACUGAGCUCGAGGUCUUUCUUUGUCUCUUCUUAUCUUGUAUGAAGACAUUCCAUUUGGCUUGCAUUAAGAGUAAAUAGCGGAUGUGGCUAAGAAAAGCAUAUGGUGCUCUUCAUUUAUCUAGCCAACUGGUUUCAGACACUCAAGGCUAUGGUUUUCUCUUGACCUGUGGUAAAAAUACACAUGGCAUGGAAAAUUAAAAGCUGUGUAGGCUUCUCCAUGUGAAAGUCCAUCAACAUUCCCAAGUUUGACUCAGGUUUUGGAAAAAAGCAAAAAUUGCCGACAGUGAUGUGAAUAUCAAGAAGCAUACAAACAGGAGCUGAUUGGUUGUGUGAUGGACGGUUUUCUUCAAUUGCACCAGUUGUGCCUCUGAAAAUUGCUCCAUGGGGACAAGAACAAUAUCAAUUCAACAUCAAGCUUAAAUGAGCUUCCCUCACAACUUAGCUUCUAGCAAAGGUGGAUGUGUUUGCAAACGCAAUUAUGUGUUUCCACACAGAGAGUUUUUAAUUAAUGUGUAGCUUUAUAACUCAAAAUAAAAAGAUGAUGCUACAUGUUUUGGUUUUAUCAGGUGACUGAGAGAUCCUGCGUUUGGAUACAGAAAGCAUUGGUGUACUAAGAAUUGCUUUUCGUAAUAAAAUAAAAUUUGAAAAGGAAGCGGGUUACAAUUCAGGUUGGCAAGUCACCACCAAGAUUAAUGGAAAUCUUUUUCAGUCUUUGCAGCUUUAACAAGAAGGAAUAGAGCUAUAACUCCUUAUGCUGUCAUGGAAACGCAUGCUGUGUUGUUUGUGAAGAAUACAAGUGAAUAAUUGUUAGGACUGGUGAGAAGCCCAUGGGAAAUGCCAGUGGAUCUCAGUAUAACUUAUGAAGUGAUUCUCUGUGAACUGCAGUUAUGGUCAGACAUGGUGGAUUUGGUGUUAGUUAACACUGAUCGUGACUUUUAGAAAACCGUUCACUGAUUUGUGUUUUUAUUAUUAUUCCCUCACUCACCCACCCCACCCCCAGCUUUAGAAUGUUUUGCUUUAGUUGCUGUUAUUAUUGGUGGCAGCAGUGUGUAUAGGAACAGGCAGUCCGGAACAUGGACAAGUAAGUAAGAGGAAAGAAGCCUAGAAGCAGAGGUGUGUGGUCAAUAAGGACUAGAAAAUUCAGUAGAUAAUUAAUGCUCUCCAAAGCUGGGGUGUGUAAAUCCUGGCAAUGAAUCUCAAUGAACUGAGAUGCUAAGACAACAGUUCCAAACUAUCCAAAGUUAUACUGUGCUAGAGAGGCAAUACACAACAUGUUAGAGCAUGUGUGUUUUUUUUCAAAAGCAGGUAUGUUUUGGGAAGGGGUGAGAGUCCUGCACGGUGCUUUGAAGCACUGCUGGCCCAGCAGGCUUGAAGUCAGUGCUGAUCAGCAGUGACCUCCAGCCAGUUUUCUGUAGCGAUGGGCUGAGUGAUAAAGUUCCUUAUGGGGAGCUUGGUCGAGCAGCUGAGCCAGCUAUGUCUCUACCUGCCCCACCCCUGAUGCCACAUAUAAAGUCAGAUUUGGGGCAGGUGGGCAUUGGGAGCCAAAUUGGCCCGUGAGUCAGAGGUUCACCACCCUUGCUUUCGAGGAUCAUAGGACCUUGUGUUAAAGUCAGAACAAUACUGGGGUCAGGGGGGCAAAACUGAUGAAGGGACCCAGAGGUUUACUUAAGAAGAAGGAAAUACUAGAUUCUGUGUUCCUCAAAGACUUUUGAAAUCCCUGCAUUAAUUCAUGUUUUUCUUACACCGCAGCCUUCGUCCUCUGAUGAAUUUGAGGGACAGACUGAAAUGGGUUUGGUCAAAGGCCAUGCCUACUCGGUGACAGAAAUCCUGAAGAUGCCCCUGGAAGAGAAGCGCGUGCCAUGGCAAAAGACUAAGAAACUCUUCAUGAUCAGGUUGAGGAACCCCUGGGGAAAGAGCGAGUGGAACGGUCCAUGGAGCGAUUCGUAAGCAAAGCAUGCUUUGAUAUUUAGGAUAUGCUUGUCACUUUUUGAGAGAGGUGCAGACGCUAAAAGAAACACUCUCAAGUGUGGAAACAUUUCCAAGGGACACAUGAAGACAGUGGCAACAUGGUGGUGGCUGGCUCCAUUUAGAGCGGGGAUUCCCAAACUUGGGUCUCCAGCUGUUUUUGGAUUACAACUCCCAUCAUCCCUAGCUAGUGGGACCAGUGGGUUUUGUCUUGUUUUCUAACUCAUGUUAAUGCAGAAGCAGAAGGAAAUAAUUUGGGCAAAUAUAUGUAUUUUCAGUCUGUGUUCCUUACAAAUUAUUUCCUUCUGCUUCUGCAGAAUCAUCAUUAGCCUGGAGAUAGAAAACUAGGGCACCCAGGAAAAUGGUUGUAAAAUAGUCUUCUCCCUGAUAUGCUAGUUUUGUAGGUUUCUUGUUUUAUAGGGAAGACCAUCAUGGGAUCCCCCACUUGUGCCCAAAAUGAUGUAUACACAUGCAAACACAGACACAAGUGGGCUCUUCCACACUUCCUCUCAUCUUGCCACUUUUCUCCUGGGAAACCUACUCUUACUGCUGAAUCAGAGCAAACAUCAAUCAGAUUGCCUAUGGAUUGAUGUUUGCUUUGAUUCAGCUGUAAAGAGGGUUUUUUCCAGGGAAGUUAACCCAAAAUUCAUUCAUUCACUCAUUCGUACAUGAUUCUCCCCCUCCCUAUUUUAUCUUCACACCCAGUGAGCUUUAUGGCUGAGGGGGGACUUGGUCUUCCAGGUCCUAUUCAGGCACUUUAACCACUAUGUCAUUCUACCUCAUUUUUUAGGAAACAAUUUUACAUGCAGCCCCUGAAAAUAGACCAAUGAACCUGACAGACAAUGAACCUGAUAAGCCCUGCCUGGAGAUGCUGGGGACUAAACUUAGAUCCUUCUUCAUGCUAAGCAGAUGCUCUACCACUCAGCUUAUGGCUCUUCCCUUUAAAUAUAUGUUUAUACAAAUGAAAGAGCUAUUUGAUUUAACAUUUUUCCUCCCCUUCAGAUCAGAGGAGUGGAAAAAGGUGAGCCAAGCAGAACGGAAGAAAUUAAGACUCACUAUUGAAAACGACGGAGAGUUCUGGUGAGCAAUGGUCUCAUUAAGGCAGCAUUAAGAUAUUUAUAUGUCAAGACAACCGAAAGGCCCAUAACAUUUCAUAGGCAGGAAGAGGGAAAUUAGGGUAAAGGCACUGCUCCAGCCUCCAGCACCACCACUUUCCCAUUUCAUCCAGCCUCAGCUCCAGGUUUUGGAGGGCCUUGGCAAGAUACUGCUCAUCAGUGAGUCUACUUACUCAAUGCAGUGGGUCCUGGUGGCUCUUUUAGGAGGUCCUCUGAAUGGUUGGGAGCCCUUGGUGUAUGCUCAGCCAUGCCAAACUUUGAUGCUAGUCCUGACUUCUGCCCAUCUCUCUACCCUCCAUCUCUGCUAUCCAACCCACUCCUUGAAGAUAUCCCUCUUUUUCUCUCCUCUCACCCCUGCAGUAUUCUCCUGUCUAGCCCAACCAAGCACCUUUCUGCCAUUCAGUCGCUCUAGCAAACAACUUCUGUCUCUAUGGCUGCAUUUACUUGGCAGUUUAUUCCACUUCCCUGUGAAUUUCCACAUUAUGGUUGAGCUUAGAUGGGGUUUUUUUAAUGUAAGAGAGGGUAUAUUAAUUGCAAUUUACCCCUCCAGAUACCCACAUUUGUGGGUUGAACAUAUACUGCACAGAGUUUAAAGUCCUAUCCUUAGCAGAAAAAUGGAGAGCAUAUAGGAUUAGGCUGUGCCUUUUUUUAAUUAAGCCCAGCUGCAAAGUAAGCUGGCUCCCCAUUUCUUACUCCACUUAACAGAAAAUAAGACAACAGACUGAGAAGUCAGUUUAAAAUAUGAUUUACUUACUCUUAGUCUUAGUCUUCAUUCUCAACAGCAGUAAACUGAAUGAAAUACUUCCAUUUACAGUAUUAGCAGCCUCAGGCAUGUGCCUGAGAAUGGAAUAGUUAGAUACAGUGGUACCUCAGGUUAAGUACUUAAUUCGUUCCAGAGGUCCGUACUUAACCUGAAACUGUUCUUAACCUGAAGCACCACUUUAGCUAAUGGGGCCUCCUGCUGCUGCUGUGCCGCUGGAGCAUGAUUUCUGUUCUCAUCCUGAAGCAAAGUUCUUAACCUGAAGCACUAUUUUUGAGUUAGCGGAUUACGUAACCUGAAGCGUAUGUAACCUGAAGCGUAUGUAACCCAAGGUACCACUGUAUAUGUCUGCUCCCAUUGCUGGUCAAAGAGAAAGAGAGAGAGGGAACAGUAAAUACUUCCUCAAUUGUAACCACUCAAGAGAGGAGAAAAUGACAUCACACAGAGCCCUCGCUACCAAAUUACAUUUCUAUGGUCUGAGUCUCUGCCUAUCAGCAGUUCAGCUCUGUGGUCUUAACUCCAUCUCUUGCUGACUUGCAAGAAUAGGUGUUGUUAGAUCUGGCUGCUAAUUUCCCACAUUUAUACAAUGUAAAAGCUGCUUGCAGAAAACUAAUGGAAGGAUAGUGCAUGUUUUAUGCUCAUUUCUGUGUCAUUUGAUUCCGGCAAAAUUGCAGCCUCCUUAGCCCCCAAAAUCGCAGGAGGGAAGUGAUAAAGUUUGCAGUGGCAUCAUACCAGCAUACAGUUUUUCCCUGCUGUUAUCCUGAGGGAAUCAUGGGGGAACGGAAGGAUGCAUGUGCAGAAAGGGUGGGAGUGUAGCAAGGUACAAUUGUCAUUCUUUGUUGUGCCACACUACGCCCACUGGGAUGAAUGAAAUUUAGCAUGACAUGCUGGUAUAUCAGUCCAAAAACCACAGUUCCAUAACACCACAGGUGAAAGGAGCAUCAGAAAAAUGGGACAGAAGUGCAAGCAUUAUUGUAACCUGUAAAACUAGUGCGGUAUUCCCCAUGCCUGUGUCUGUAGCUAUGCCCCACCUUUUAGUGUGGGCUUAAGUCAGAGAGAUAGCAGCAGAAGGGAAAGUGCUGUUUCUACCAAUUAGAUACAUGCUUGUGUAGUAGGUGAGUUUGCGGGUCUGGUUGUUUCUGUUGUAUUUCACAUCUGCUAAAUUACCUAAAUAAUAAUUGUUCUGUUUUUAAAUAUAUUGACUAAAUGAGAUGUCCCGAGCAUUGAACAUCCCACAUUUUUCUUACUUGUUUCUUUUCUUUUUCUGGAAAGCCAUGGAGUGAUGCAGGGUAGGGAUUUGAAGUGCACCACAGUGUGUGUGUGUGUCUGUCUGUGUUGUGCAUUUCAAAUCCUUUCCUUGCUCAUGUCCUAUGCCACAAUCCUGCGACUCUCUAGGCCAGUGGCUCCCAGUUAGCUAAGUACUGUGGACCCUCUGUUUUUCAAAAGCCAAGCCAUGGAGCCCCUACUUUUGAAAACAUGGAUAUUUCUGUUAUAGUUUCAUUAUGUGAAUGGUGCCACCAUACCCUCCAGAAUGUCCCAGUGCAAAACUAGGAUGUUCAUCUUCUGGGCUGCACUCCCAUGCAAGUCAUGUGACCUGUGCAAGAGCACGGUGCCCCAAAACAUAUGUGUUAUCUGUCCACAGGAAAUUCAACUGUAUUUUUUUCUACUCUCUGAGUUAGGAUGUCGUUUGAAGACUGGUGCAAAAACUUCACCGAUGUUGAUGUCUGCCGGAUUGUGAACACGUCCUUUUUUAGUAUACAUAAGACCUGGGAAAAGAAAAUGAUUCGUGGAGAGUGGAAAAAGAAUCGAGACCCAAUGUUAAACCGCGCUGGGGGGUGCUUAAAUAACCCAGCCACCUUCUUCCAAAACCCACAGGUUGGAGCACAGUUAUACUUGCUUUUCCCCCCUCCUUCACCAGUGUUAAACUUAUAUGGAAAUAAUUACGCAGCAAAGCAAAGUUGAGACGACAGUUUUCCUGCCAUGCCUUUCAGCUUCAGAUUUAAGGGCAGGAAGAAGAUACUGCUCCCAAAACUGCUUUAUGUUUUUGCAUCACAGCCAGUUUGCCAGUACUGGGUGGAAGUACUAGUCCAGUGGUUUUCAACAAGCGUGCUGUGGCACGCUGGGGGGCCUUGAAUGAUGGUCUGGGGUUCCGCAGGUAACACUGGCCUCUGUCCUUCUUUCUUUCCCUCUCUCCUCUAAUGCCCUCUUGUGUCUCUGUCUCCCAAAGGCUUGCACAUCUGUUUGUUUGCAGCUGCCUUGCUGCUGCCACUGCUGCCUCCCAAGUUAAGGUGCUGACCUCAUGUUCACCUUUGGCCAGUUUCCAUUGGUCCACUAAGGCUGGGGGCAUCCUCUGCCCAGGCUCCUGUGAGGCAGCAUGAGGAGGUACCUCUCUUUGGGGCAGGAGGGGCAGCUCAGAGACCAGGGGUGGAAGCAGUGGCUGCCCGGAGGACUCCCAAGGAGAGGAGAGGAUGCUGAGGGAACACUCCCCAAGGGAGGAGGGUGUUUGAAAAAGGGUGAGAGGCUGCCAGCUCUGCAGCCAAGAGGUGACAUGACUGGGCUCCUGAUCCCCACAGGGGUGCCGCAGAAAGAAUGUAGUUGGUCAAGGGAGCCGUGGACUCAUAAAGGUUGAAAACCUCUGUACUAGUCUAAUUCUGAUUUAGAUAGCUUUAUCCUGUGGUUACCCAUAAAUCUAGUUUGUUCCAUUUCUAUAUCAUCAUCUUCAAGAUCUUCAUCAUUCUAUUCUAUUCUGAUCUGCUGUGUUCUGUUCUAUAUUAGAGGCAUUCGGAAUGUUAUUUGUGAAGGUCAAGUCUGCUCCCUACAUGCAGCCUAUAUCCUGCAAAAACUGAGGGCACAGAUCACUGGUGUUUGCCCCUUGAACAUGUGAAGGUGAAGGGCAGGGCAUAUGGGCACAAUUCUAAUCCCAACCCAAUGCAGUUUGAGGGGGAAAGUGUACAGGACUAAAAAGGAGCUCUGAAUUUAACCCAGGAGGAUAUGACCGGUCUUGUGAGCAUGAUAAUUCCCAUAAUGUUCAUUUGUUUGUGGAGUGACUGCCAUGCAUAGGACUUUGGAAGGGGCAGCACCCCAAUCCUGUGAUAAUCCAUUGUUAACAACUCAGCUACAGGCAUUGUUUACAGCAGCAGCUGCUCAGCUACUGAGCCACAGCUCUCCCCUCACCCUGUGCUCCUCUUCCUUCUCUUUAAGUAUGUCUUUGAUGUCAAGAAGUCACAGGACAAAGUGAUGAUCUGCCUGCAGCAAAAGGACAAGCGCAUUUACAAAAGAGAAGGGAAAGGGGACAACUUGGUUAUUGGCUUUGAAAUCUUCAAGGUAGGUGUCCAUGCUGCAUGCCAAAGCAGUUGGAGUUUGGUAAGAGCAUAAGAACAUAAGAAGAGCCUGCUGGGUCAGGCCAAACACAUACAACCUGCUACUAGAGAAGAAGCAGGAAGGCCUGAAAGGAGGUAAUCUACUUUUCCAGUAAGUAGUUACUAAAACAGAAGGAAUCAGUGCCACACACAUAUUUGCACACAUGCUGGUUCAGCUAGCUUAUUGCAAGCAUUGCUGCAUCACUCCCAGCAAAAGCAUAGGUAUAGGUAGACAUAGGCAGAAUGUCAGGUCAGGAUCUACUGGUACAUCUAUGAGUGAUUUAUAGUAGAGUGGCACAGGUUUCCUACUAGCAAUGUGACCUUUUCCAUGUAGCAGGCUUUUGUACAACGUGGCUGUGAGCUCAGUUCAGUUCUGAUACCAAAAACGACAUCCUUAGUGCACUUUGAGACACUCUGUUCUUCAAUUCAAAUGUUGUGAGUUUUGCACCAGAAUUUAGUUGACAGAGCAAGUGAAAACACAAAAAACACCUCUGCUCCCCACCUCUGCUCUAUCUUUAUCUUUAUGCCUGUUUGAAGUCACAGCAUAGGAUCUACCUCACUCUCAUGUUGUGUUAGAUUGCUCUAUGCUAUGCAACUCAAUCUGCUUUCUAACCCUAGGUUGAGGCCAACAGAGAGUAUCGAAUGCAUAAAGUGACAGUGCAAGAGAAAAUGGCAACUUCCAUGUACAUUGACAAUCGCAUGGUAUUUUCGAAGUUGUGCCUCAAGGAAGGCCGGUAUGUCCUGAUCCCAACCACCUUCAGACCUGAUACUGAAGCCGAAUUCAUUCUGAGGCUGUUCACAGAUGUGCCAUCGGAGCUCAGGUACUACGACUACUUGAAGAUGACGGCAAUUUUCCCUUCCCAUUUCUCCCCGGCUUGCAUGCUCAUCUGUCUUAGACCAAGGAAGCAAAAGAUUCAAAGAGUGAUGAUGAGUGAGACAGAUGUACAACACACUUUGGUGGGGAGCACUGACAUGAUGACUGCAAAAAGGGCUGCACCCAUUUCUUGUGAGGAUGACAUUCACUGUGGUUUCAGGGAUCACAUUGCCUGCAACCUCUGUGCAUUUGUCCCAUGCCAGUUUACAACCACUCUCAUUUCUCUCAAUUGCAAUAUUUCCCAAGGGGCAGUAUUCGAUGUGAAACUGCCUUGGGGAUGGAGAUGCAUUCUGUUCACCUCCAGAUUCCACACAGUAGCAAAUAGUUCUGCACCCAUUCACAAAAGGACUGACAUGAUGACUGCAAAAAGGGGUGCACCCAUUUCUUGUGAGGAUGACAUUCACUGUGGUUUCAGGGAUCACAUUGCCUGCAACCUCUGUGCAUUUGUCCCAUGCCAGUUUACAACCACUCUCAUUUCUCUCAAUUGCAAUAUUUCCCAAGGGGCAGUAUUCGAUGUGAAACUGCCUUGGGGAUGGAGAUGCAUUCUGUUCACCUCCAGAUUCCACACAGCAGGAGAUAGUUCUACACCCAUUCACAAAAGGACUGACAUGAUGGCUGCAAAAAGGGCUGCACCCAUUUCUUGUGAGGAUGACAUUCACUGUGGUUUCAGGGAUCACAUUGCCUGCAACCUCUGUGCAUUUGUCCCAUGCCAGUUUACAACCACUCUCAUUUCUUUCAAUUGCAAUAUUUCCCAAGGGGCAGUAUUCGAUGUGAAACUGCCUUGGGGAUGGAGAUGCAUUCUGUUCACCUCCAGAUUCCACACAGUAGCAAAUAGUUCUGCACCCAUUCACAAAAGGACUGACAUGAUGACUGCAGAAAGGGGUGCACCCAUUUCUUGUGAGGAUGACAUUAACUGUGGUUUCAGGGAUCACAUUGCAUGCAACAUUUGUGCAUUUGCCCCUUGCCAGUUUACAACCACUCUCAUUUCUCUCAAUUGCAAUAUUUCCCAAGGGGCAGUAUUCGAUGUGAAACUGCCUUGGGGAUGGAGAUGCAUUCUGUUCACCUCCAGAUUCCACACAGUAGCAAAUAGUUCUACACCCUUUCACAAAAGGAUGCAAGAUUGCCUUUCUACUGGUGUUUGAUACUAUCAUUUAUUGUUUAUCAUUCUUUUUCUUUUAUAUAAGUGUCAAUUAGAAUAAAGUGUUCUUCCUUUUUGUGCAUUUAUGUUUUCAUUGGCCUUCCUGAUGUACAGAUACAAAUUAGGUCGAACAGUGGAACAUGACAGAUUUGAUAUACCUCUUAUUGAGCUGGAGAAUGCCUCCUUUCCCCAUAUUAGAACAGUUGUGUGUCCUCAGUGAGGUCCCAUUUGAUUCUAAUGGGCUGUGCCUAGAAGAUAUUCUGAACACACAUAUCACAUGGUCUUUGUGUUCCCAGCUUCUAAAGAAUUAGGACUGGCUUAAAUGCAAAGUGCUCAAGAGGAAGAUACCUAUGCAGUGUUGCACACAUCCAGGCUGUUCUUGCAAUCAGAAUGUUGCAUUAAAAAUUCAAAAACAGAAGAAAAGAAGAAAUGUUGCAGAAUCUGUAGCGUGCUAUGCUGACAUGCUAAUGAACCAUGCUUAGUAGCUGAGCACCCAGUUUUAAUGAGGCAUGGGGUGUGUGCUAGUUCCUACAGCUGAGUUUAAAUUGGGUCUUGCUAUCUUUUUAUUAUGGGACCACAAAAGGGAGAAGCAUUUCUUUGUUAUAUCUCAUAGAAUAAAUGUGUUUGUGCCUUACUCAUGUAUGGUCUAUUUCUGUAUUGACUGCAAUUCCCUGUAAUAGGCACAUGUUUUUGUAUGCUAGGCUGUGGUCAUGCUCCAGGGGUGCCCUCAGGAGCUUAGCAUCCCAGACCCAGGAGGCAUGAGUCUCUCUCAUCAAAGCACUGAAGGCAGGCUUGCAGGAGCAACACAGUCCAAACAAGCCAAGCUCAAUCACAGAAAAUAGUCUAGGUCCAAAAGUGAGUGAAUAUUGCAGGAAAUUCAGCAAGGUGGGCACCUGGGAAUUGGGAGCCAGAGCCCCAUGUUAUUUCCAGCAAGUGGGGGGCUCAAGAGGGUGGCCUUAUAUAAGCUGUCUUUUUAGACCAUGUCCUAAUCACUGCUGGUGUUAGUGAAAGAGCUCCAGUGAUCGCUCACUCAUGACUAGCGUGGUGGCUCUGGGGUUGUAGACACAUGUUAUGCCAUUGCUCUUCAGGCCAGACUUGGAGCUUUCUGACACCAACAUUCUUGAAGAUGUGGGUGGCCCUGCAUCCUCCUCUGACAGCUCGAGAGACUCUUCAGCAGGCCUCAACUUGGAUGGCCCCUCAAGGGGAUCAUCUGCACCAGCUUCAGGGUCCUCAAGGCCCUUAACAUGUGGGGUGCCUGGCUAAGAGGACUAAAAAUCCCCUUAGGGCUAAAAAUAACACCUGCACGUGAGCAGCUGCUCGCAUUUAGGUGCUCUGCACAAUCAGGACAGCUGGGACCAAUGGUUCAUCCUGGGGGGGGGAGUGGCAAGUGGGGUGCUGUGGGGCCUGGUGUUCAACAUCUUUACAAAUAAUUUGAAGGAAUUGAGGGAUCAGGAUUCAGGGUGGCUUUAACAUAUUGAAGGACUGGGCCAAAACCAUUUUUUAAAGUCCCAUUUCAGUAGGUACAAAUUCAAGGUUCGACACAUAGGCAGGAAUACUAGGAUGCACAAAUACAGGAUGGGAGGGGGGGCACCUGGCUUGACAGAACACAUGAAAAGGGUUUAGGGGGUCUUAGUAGCUUCAGAUGGGUGAACAGUAUGAUACAGCAGCAAAAAAUUAGUUAAUGCUAUUCUAGACUGCAUCAACACUAAUAGAGUGUCCUGAUCAAGGAAAGGAGUAGUACAGUUUUAUUCUGCCUUGGUCAGACCACACCUGGAGUCCUGUGUCCAGUUCUGGGCAUGACAACUUAAGAAGAAUUUCGACAAACAUGUUCAGAGGAGAGUGUCAAAGAUGACCAAGCACCUGGAAAUCAAGCCUUGGGAGUUGGGAAUGCUUACCCUGGAGAAGAAUGAGGCUCAUCCACACUUUUGCUUGUCCCAUCCGUAAGAAAGCAUGAGUGAGAUUUUUUUCUGUUCGCCCUGCCACUUUCUCAGGAAAACCUGUUCUUUAGCACUAAAUCACAGCAAACGUCAAAUCACAGAAAAACCCAUUGAUGUUUGCUCUGAUUCAAUGGUAAAGACCAGGUUUCCCCUGUGGAAAGUGGUUAGACAAGCCAUAGUUAGGAUGAGCCCAGAGAGAUGUUAUGAUAGCCAUCUUCAAAUAUCAGAAGGGCUGUGGCAUAGAAGAUGGAGGAAGCUUGUACAGUGGUACCUCAGGUUAAGUACUUAAUUCGUUCUCGAUGUCCGUACUUAACCUGAAACUGUUCUUAACCUGAAGCACCACUUUAGCUAAUGGAGCCUCCUGCUGCCGCCGCGCCACCAGAGCAUGAUUUCUGUUCUCAUCCUGAAGCAAAGUUCUUAACCUGAAGCACUAUUUCUGGGUUAGCAGAGUCUGUAACUUGAAGCGUAUGUAACCUGAAGCGUAUGUAACCUGAGGUACCACUGUAUUCUGUUGCUACAGAGGGUAGGAUUCAAAUUAUAAGAAUGGAGAUUAUUACUAUUACAGUAUUAUUAUUAUUAUUUAUUAUUAUUAUUAUUUAUUACCCUUCACUCUAAGGCCCCCAGAUAGUUUACGGCUUUAGAGUCGAAUAAUGAAACAAUGUAAAAUGUCUUGCAGUCAUAAAAAUAAGGUGGGUAGCACCCUUACCUUUCCUGCCCCGACCUGGCCACAGUGAUCCAUGCGACGGUCACCUCCAGGCUUGACUACUGUAAUUCGCUCUACGCGGGGCUGCCCUUGAAGCUGUUCCAGAAACUCCAGCGGGUGCAGAAUGCUGCAGCGAGGCUCCUCACGGGGUCUCUGCCAUGGGAGCAUAUUCACCCAGUGCUUUUCCAGCUGCACUGGCUCCCGAUGGAGUACAGGGUCAGAUUUAAGGUGCUAGUUUUGACCUUUAAAGCCCUUCACGGCUUAGGACCCUCAUACCUAUGGGACUGCCUUUCCCGGUAUGCCCCACGGAGAGCCUCACGGUCCAUAAAUAGCAACACCCUAGUGGUCCCGGGCCCUAAGGAAGUUAGAUUAGCCUCAACCAGAGCCAGGGCCUUUUCAGCUCUGGCUCCGGCCUGGUGGAACGCUCUGCCUCAUGAGACCAGGGCCCUGCAGGAUCUGAUUUCUUUCCGCAGGGCCUGUAAGACAGAGUUGUUCCGCCUCGCCUUUGGCUUGGAGCCAAUUUGAUUCCCUCCCCCUCUUUCUUUUUUCUUUUUCCUUUCUCCUGUGAUGAGGCUGCAUUUUAAUAUUUUAAUGUUUCAAUAUUUUAAUGUUGUAUUUUAAUCUUGUUUUUAAGUUGUAUUCAUUCAAAUUGUUUUUAUUAUUGCUUGUUAGCCGCCCUGAGCCCGGCCUUGGCUGGGGAGGGUGGGGUAUAAAUAAAAAUUAUUAUUAUUAUUAUUAUUAUUAUUAUUAUAGGUGGUUAGCACUUGCAGGGAAAAAUCACUCAUAAAGUAGCAGUACAGGGUGUGUUGGAAACCAGACACUUUCUCUGCCCGGUUGGUGGCUAUUAUUGCACAUGAAUGGAGAACACCAUAUUGGUUGCAUCAGUACAGAUCUGGACUUCCUGACUUUGUUAGAACUAUGCCCAUGUGUGUCCUGUCUCCUUUGUUUCAUGGAAACUACAAUGAUAUGAUAUGCAAGAACCCUCUUGAAGGAAUGACAGAGACAGUAAACAAACAUGACUGAAGAUCAUAUAAUAGAAUAUAAAAAAGGUUAAUACUUACCUGGCUUCUGCCAAGAGGAGGCAAUGAGGACGGCUGUCCUCAUUUUCUCAUUCUACAAAUUUUAAUGUGCUCACUUAACAUGUAUUACUGCAAAAUCAAGAAAAAUAUUUUUGGGAGGGCAGAGCUAAACAUCAGAUUGACAGGAGUGGGCAAGACUCCACAGCACACCUGUAUUAUUUUGUGGCAUGCAAUGCCAGAAAUGCCUACCGCUGGUCUUGCCCCAUUUCCUUCUCAAGGAAACAAAGCGCCAAACCUACAAUGUUUGCAAAUGUAUUUUAAAUAUUGUCCCAACAAAAAGUCAUCCUAACACCUUGGAGCAAAAAACCAUGCUCAAAUAUUAUUCUAAGGUGUCAUCCCCAAUGAAGAACUUUUCUCCCCACUUGUAAUACUUUGAAAUUAAUCACCCACAACACUGUAUUAUUUGUCCAUAAGCAUCAAAGUAUCUGGUGGCAUCAAAGUAAGGGAGGCAAAAGUUCAAUAUUCCAUAUAGAAUCUGGUAUUAAUCCACCAGUCAUUCCUACCUGAUACAUUUUGUCUUGGUGUUCCAGGGAGCUUACACUGCAUCGACCCAGGGGCGCCUGCCUAGACGUCCUACGUGGCUUCGUUGCGAGGGUGUCCCAAGUUAAAGUCCACUCUGUGUCACGUCUCAGAUGUCAGGACCCAUAUAUCGGUAAGUGCAAAGGGUUAAUCCAAAAGUCUUUGUGGUUCUUGUACUGAGUUAGUAAAUUAUUCAGAUGACCUGAACAUUAAAAUUCAAUUUCUCUUAAUCUACGGAAACACUGUGCUGUCAGAUAAAACUAGCAGGUGAGCUUAAGAUUAAGAAAGGGAACUAAGAUUUAAGAGAGCUGUACAGCAUGUUCUUAGGGAAAUCAUUCCUGUCGACUUAGUGAAUAACACAGAGAUGAAACAUAUUAAAAAUCCUGGAAUGAAGCUAAAAGUCAGAUGUUGCAGUCUGAACUUUAGAUAUCUAAACCUGACCUAAAAUUGCAGUUUCACGUGGACUGGGAUUUCGCUUUGUAAGGCACACACUCAUUCACAGUGCUAUUUUUCUAGAAAAAGAGGUGCUGGAACUCACCAUGAACGCCUCCCUUGUCCUCUUUUAAUGGAGGUGCAGGAACUGAGUUCUGGUGACUUCCAUCUGAAGAAAAGCCCUGUCCAUCCAUGGUCCAUACUUAGCUCUGGGCAAUGGAAGGUUUGUUUCAAGGUGAUUCUGAGCUCACCCACGCUGCCACUUGUCCCAUGCCUAGAAUGCAUAUGUCUGAGUGUUUUUGCCUUUGUCCUGCCACUUUCCUCCAGAAAACCCAUUUGUUCUGAUCAUAGGAGCCAAUAAAAUAUUUGAGGGGGCUUGGCCCUUCCAAAGCUGAUGGCUAUUGCCAUUCAAAUGGGUGUGUGUGUGUGUGUGUGUGUGUGUGUGUGUGUGCCAGUGCCACAUCUUGUGAUUGAUAAUGCAGGGCAAGGCUUACCUGCUCCCCCCCCCCCCCAAUAUUUCAUUUAAGUUGGCGCCCCAGCUCAGAACUUAAAACACAGGUUUUCCCAGGAGUAAGUGGUAGAAUGGAUAAGCACUCAAUGGGUCCUUUUGCAAUUUAUUCUAGCCACUUCCUGGGUUCACUCCUCCGUGGUUUUCAUGAAAUGAGAUGAUUGUGUGCAUUGGAAUUGUCCAGAGACUAACACGCACUUCUUCUCCUUUCAUGUUAGCUGUUUGGGUAGAUCGGGGUGGCAGAGGGCAGUCUGUGCUGAAUAGAGCAUUGAAGAGGCAACAGCUGACUGCAAAUAAUAAUAGUAACACAUGCCUAGAAAGCAUGGGACAAACUAAAAGCACGAGACAAGCGGAAGUGUGGACAAGCCGUGUGUCUGAACCCAGUCUUGAUUAAUUUCUCAGGCUCCUUUUAAACUUAGCAUACAUGAAAGUCAAGCAGCGCCCUCUGCUGCCUAUUUGUUAACUGUACUUUAUCUUUGGACAUUUGACACUAGAGAAGCACUGGAACCUAUGCAGGUUUCUUUUUCAGCCAUUUGUUGCUUGGGUUGCUCGCUAGCCUAAUUUAAACGUCAAAAGCCAUAGAGGUGGGAUAAUAUGUGAAGAAUGCAUAUUCAAAAUAGCUUUUGUUGAGUUUUGGAGAUGCACACACAGACACAUCUCUAGUAACAUUUUAUGUAAUUUCCUACUGAAUGAAUGAUAAAUGAGAGUAAUCAAUAUUUGGCCAUGUGACUUACAUCACCUUAUUUCGAAUUUCUUAAAAUCCACCGACUGAUAGCAUAGUUUGUUCAAAAGGAACAGGGAGGAAAUCUACAUCAUGUAAUUCAGCUGCCGUUGCACCUAAUGCCUUUCAACUUCUUAUGCCAACCUUCUUUGACAGCCUUGGAACAAUUUCAAUAGCCAGAGACUCCUUGGCAGUUUUCCUUGACAAAUACCAGUAGUCAGUGUUCUGCAAAUGCUUUGAAAGAGUUUAAGCAUAAAUGGCAUUCAGCAUAGCAUCCAGAUGUUAUGUAUGCAUGUAUAUAUCGAAGCAAAGCCAAUCGGAAGUGGCAGGAGGAAGGUCAUCUGGCCUGGGGCCUCGAGCUCAAUGGCAGUACCAGAUUUAGACACUUGUUAAUUUUUUGGCAUUUGAUAAAUUUUGCAACCUUUGCAAUGGCUUCAUGUGUUUGCCUAAGCCCUAGCAGAACAGAGAAACAAAGGGGUCGAUAUAAAAAGAGAAAAGCAGAAGAGCCUCUUAAAAAGCAGUGGAAUUUUCUCAGCUCAGGCUGCUAAAUCAUUAUUUUUAGAGCCUUCCUCCCCUGCCCCCAACACACACAUGAAACAUUUUUCUUUUCACAUUUCCCGAAGGGGUGUGUGUGUGUGACAGAGGCGGACGGAUUGAGAGGACUGAUUAUUUCUCAGCUCCUACUACGGUGCUGACAGAUCAAUAAAACAAACACCUCUGGCUGCCAAGUGCUGGGUAUGGGAUUUGCAAGCACCAAGCCACGUGGAGCACAGGGAUAUUUAAAAGCCUAUUACUUAGAUUUACAUCUAGUACUUGUAGUCAGUGAACAGCAAAAUGGCAUUCAGUGCCUAGCAGGGCUAUUCUGAAUAAUUUGCCAGUGUUGACUUUCAGGUCCAAGAAACUCAGCCGUGAGAAAAAUUUCUCUCCAUUGUGUGAAUAUCCACUUUUUUCAGCACCACUGUUCCUCCUCCCUCACUGCUGCUGGUAUUUCACCACCAUUUUUUCUGACUACUGUGAUUUCUCCCUUUCUGGAUUAGCUGUGCAGCUAGUCCUCUGUGUACCUGUAUGUGAAAACAUUGGAGUGCGAGAGCCUUCUCAGAUUCGUUUAGUAAGGAGUUUGACAUCCACAGGGCCACCACAGAAAAGACCAUCUCCCCUGCUGGCCUACAAACAACGAGGGUUUCUGUUGUUGAUCUUAAUAUAUGGGCAGGUUGAGAGCCAUGACAUGAGAGGCAGCGUGGUGUGAGUGGUUAGAGCAUCAGGCUAAGACUUGGGUGAUCAGGGUUCAAUUCCCCUCUCAGGCAUGAAGCUCACUGGGUGAUCUUGCCUCUUAGCCUAACAUGCCACAACUCCACGCCCCCAGGUCACCCAAUGUGUGUCAUAGCUGAGUGGGGAUUUGAACCCUGGUCUCUCCCAGGUCCUAGUCCAACACUUAAACUGCUGCACCACACUGGCUCUUAAUGAUAGGCAGGUGUGAGUUUGAGGUCCUGCAUUCUCUCUCUCUCUCUCUCGCUCUCUCUCUCUCUCUCACACACACACACACACCAGGAACCCAAACUAGUUUUGCUGAAAAGGCCAACCCUUCUCCUUUUUCCACAUGAUGCCACCAGAAGCUCAUUCCCAUCAAGUCCAUGUGCUCGGAAAGAGUGUGAUUUCACGCAGCAUUUUAAAUGUCAAAGGACAGCAGUGUUUGGCCAGAGCGCUUAUAAAUCCCCCUUUACAAGAGUUCUACCUACUCCUUGCUGCUUCCAGGUUGUAAAAUUUUUAAAAAUCCACUUCAGACCCAAUGAGCCAUAACAUCCUCUAAUCUAAUCAGUACUGAGCAAUAAGACAAGACACUCCAGUGGCCAACUCGGUCAGGGUUUUAUUUUCCCCUCUUCUUGUGCGAGGCCUGUUCAAAGUGUUUGUUCAAGAGGAAAAUGAUCAAGACAAGGAGAUGCUUAUGUCUGGCUGUCAUUGAAAAGCCCUGUUGUGGUGGUAGCAUUCAAAGACAUUGUCCAAGGUUAGUUUAUGCAUCUGCAAUAACUGCCUUCUCGUGGGCUGAAGGUCGCAUGGCUCCUGACUUAACAAAAUGAACCUCUGCUUUUUAAUGGUGUAUGAGGCUCCUUUCAUCUGUUCCUGAAGACUAGGAAUGGUAAGCUUCCUAUAAUUUCUGUUGAGCUCCUUGUUAUUUAUUCAUAUCAUUCAUGAAUUGCUCCCUAUGAGGCACCUCAGAGCAAUUUAUGCAUAUGUAAAACACACACACACACCAGUUAAAAUAAUUGCACAUAUAAAAAUAACUUAAAAACAAAAAAUAAAUACAAUACAAUUAAAAACAGCAAAAACAAUUAUGUGUAUUCAAUCAAAAUCCAGUGCAAUACAGAUAGACAACAAAUUCCACCUACAAGUCUUGUUGAAAGAGGAAAGUCUUCAACAGGCGCCUGUCAAAUAUUUAGCAGGAGUGUGAGUGUCACCACAUUAAAGACCUAAUUCCAAUAUUGUGAUAAGAUGGUAUCUACUGGGUACCCUUGAGAUGAUCAAUUGACAAAGUGAGAUGAUCAUUUGACAAUGUAUGGAAUAGGGUGAUGUUUUGGUGUCCUGUUCUCAAGUUGUAUAAGGCUUUGUAUUCCAGCACCUUGAACUUAGUCUAGUAGCUAAUUGGCAACCCAUGCAGUUAUUUCAGCAGCGGAGUAAUAUGGUUGUGAUAUUCCUGUAAAGCCCUACAUUGCUUCAGUCCAAACCAUCUGAAAGACCGUAUUCCCUCAUUUGAACCUGCCCUAGUUUUGACAUAAUCAGAAUAUUGUAGGCGGAAGGAGUGUCUGGGUGAAAAUUGGAAGGGAAAGGUCCGGGGAAAUCUGGACAUAUGACAAGCGACGUUGGCCGUGUAGUUUUUGCUGCUUUUCCUUAAAAAAUAGCUCAAUGAUGGGGACAUAGGAGAGGGUCUCAGUACUGGCUGCUCCCAGACUUUGCAGCUCUUUUCCUAGAGAAGUUAAACUGGCUCCCUCCAUGUUGUCCUUCUGCCAGCAAGUGAAGACUUUCUUCUUCCAACAGGAUUUUGGGAAUUGGCUGCUUUUAAUGAAAGGGCUGGUGCCAUGCUGUUCUUAUUUGCAUGGUUUUAAUAGACUUUAUAUGUGUAUAUUAGUUUUACUUCUAUAAAUGUUUAAUUACUUUUAAAUUAUUGCCCCCCCCCCAAUACUUUUAGCCGCUCUCAUUUUUAUAUGAAAGCUGCCUUAAGUCCUGUCAGGGGAAAACAGUGGGAUAUAUAAAUAAAUAUAUAAUGAUAUUAAUAAUGAUAUACCCACCCCAGUGAGCUGUCUAGCUGGCCUGUUUUUUCACCAGUUGCAUCUUCUUGUACCGUGCAUCUCAGGGCGUUGUCUGAGGCCAUGUGAUGCAGCCACGUUGCUGAAACUAAGUCCAUGCUUGGCUGGGAAAGUAUGCUACCUUGAGUGUCAUGAUGGAAGGAAAGUGAAUCUGAAACAGAUUUAGGAGUUGCAGGGUGGUGCACAGGGAAAGAAGAGGGUGGGAAAGUUCCAUUGUGCUAGCAAAAAUGUUUAGGUGGCUAGUCCCUAUGUUUCUUUGGUAUAUGGCUGAAUUUGUAUAGUGGCAAAGUGUCUAUAUUGCAUUAAAUGAAUGAUGGUGGUGAUGAUGAAAGUGGAACAACACUGUCUUUUCCCAGGAGCAAAUCCCUACAUUGUCAUCAAGUGUGAGAAUCAGAAAGUUCGUUCUCCUGUGCAGAAGAGCACCCUCAGUGCUAUUUUCAAUACACAAGCCAUUUUCUACCAGAGGAACAUUGCAAGCCCGAUUGUUGUCCAGGUAAGAGAAAUUAUUACAUUCCUACUUGUACCUGCUUUCUACUAGUUUCUUUCCUUCUCCUUUUGUUUUCUUAAAUUUCUAUGGAACCCACAGCAGGGUAGCAGACAUUAGUUAUUUUAUUUUAAAGUAUUUCUAAACUGCUUAAAAGUUUAAGCAUUUCUGAACAGCGUACAAUAGUACAAAUCAACCUAAAACAAUAUAAUAAAAACAGAACUCCAACAAUACAGGUUCCAGUUUAAUGGAUCAUGGAAAGCACAAUAAUACAUCAUUAGAGGUGAUUCCCAAACAGCCUCCCACCCAGACACUAACCUGACCUAGACCUGUUUAGUUUCAGCAAGGUGAUGAUUGUAUGAGCCUUCAUACCAAAUCUUGAGGCAUGUGACCAUAGCCUUGGAUGUGUGGGACAUUGUGCAUGCAUUUAAUAGGGAUUUUUCAUUUAAUUUUAUUGAUUUUUACGUGUUAUGUUCUUUUAACCUAUCUUCCUCCAAGGGGUACUCUUUCCCCUACCAAUGUUUUUCUCGUGUCAACAGUUUAAGCAAGACUGUUAUGUACUAAGCUUGAAUCUUAGAACAAUAGGCAGGUAGGAGCCUAGAAUACAACAACCUGAUUGGCCUGCGGGAGCAGCCCAAUCAGACCCCAGGAGGAAGUUUAUCAACCUAUUAGGCCAGUAGAAUCCUAGAAUGCAACAACUGAUUGGCCUGCAGCAGCCAAUUCUUCAAAUUACAAGUGGCCACCGUAGUACAUUUUAACAUAAUAAAAAAGCAGGUAUAUUGUGAUGGGUAAAUUCUGGUUGUUAUUUAUUAAUUUUUAGACCACUCAAUGGCAAAACAGCCUUCUAAACGGAUUACAAGUAUAAAAGGCAAUUAUUAGAAUAUAUAUAACAAAAUAUUAAUAUAACACAUACAUAUAUAGUAUAUAACUUAAGCUAUAAACAUCCAUAAUUAAAAUAUGCAGUAAAGCAAUCCCACUAAAACAACACAGCAAAGAUACUACAGUCAUACUUUUGCGAACUAUUUUUGGAAGCCGAACGUCCGACAGAGCUUCUACAGCUUCUGAUUGGCUGCAGGAGCUUGCUGCACCCAAUCAGAAGCCACGGAAGCCCUGUCGGACGUUCAGCUUCCAAAAAUAGUUCACAAACUGGAACAGUCACUUCUGGGUUUGCGGCGUUCGGAAGCCAAAAUGUUUGAGAACAAAGCUGUUUGAAAACCAAGGUAUGACUGAAGUAGAUUUACAUGUGAUAGGAAUGGCUGUAUGAAACACAUGCAUUUUAAAAAGCCAGCGGAACUCCAGUGCAGAUGGGGCCUUGUAUACUCUGUAUGUGUAUAUAUGAAGAGAAGGUAAGUGAGAGGAAAUCAGGAUAACAAAGGAUGCAUGUGGUUAGAUAUACUAAACCUGCAUUUUUACUUGGGCAAGUCUGUCAGUAACAGUCUGCCAGUAGCAGCAAUGGUGCUAGCGUGGAACGGAGAACAGGGGUGUGAAAAUGUUUCCCCUUAAAGCAUCUUUUCUGUGAUUUUGGGGAUGGCUUUCAGGGAGGUGAAAAACACACCACACAUAGUUCCACGAUCUGUAUGUCUUUGUUAAUUGCAUCCUCUGCGGCUGUCAUAUAAGAGGGAAGACUGCUUUGCUGCGGGAGGGAACCUCUAAACAGUUUCAAGCGCUUGCAGCCUGUAGCAGCAGCACAUAGCUGUGUUGGGGAUGCAUCUUUCCCAUCUGUGCAACAGUGAUACACAAAACGCACAGAGGUCAAGGCGAGGUUGAAAGAGGAGAGCUCUUCCAAUUGAGGACUUGUACAGAUGACCUUUUGACCCUUUCCAAUCGCGGGAAGGGGGAAGGGUGCACGGGGAGGAAAAUGCCAGCCCAUCUAGCAGCAAUUAUUUCUCAUUUCCUUCCUAUCUCUGUAGGUUUGGCACAGCGGGCUCCUUUGCGACAAGUUCAUGGGACAAGUGCGGAUCUCAGUAUCACCCAAUUACCCCAGAAGUCUUCAGAAGUUCCAGCUCCAGGACAGAGGGAGUCGCGAAGAUUAUGACAUGCCAGGUCACAUCACCAUCAAGGUUGUUACUAGCGAUGACCUCGUGGAGUUCUGAAUUCUAAGGGCUGACAGGCAAGAGUUUCCAGUGAGCAUCCGCAAUGGGGAUGGAGCGAGAACCACUGAUUUGCAUCUUGGUGUGAAAUGCUUUAAAAUGCUUGGGGUGUUGUGUCUGGGUCCUACUUGGGCAACAACAAAUGGCCAACAAAAGAGAAAGAAGCAGAGAGCAAAUGUGCAGCCAAAUAUAUCAUUUGUCUUUCUCUUUCACCACACACACACAUACAGUAUAUAUCUCCAAACAUAUUUUCUAUCACAGAUAGCAGCUGCUUCCAGGCACUGGCUUCACUAGUGCAAUUCACAUGAAACCAUUAUAGCCUUGCAAUGCAUUUUAGCUGUUCUGCUAGAAAAUAGCAUUUCAUCAGAACUUUGGGAGCUGCCUUAUACCAAGUAUAGCUCAAUAUGGUCGACACUGACUAGCAGCAGCUCUCUGGGGUUUCAGACAGUGAGCUUCUUCCAGAUGCUGGGGAUUGGACCUGGGGCCUUCUGCAUGCAGAGCAGAUGCUCCACCACUGAGCUAUGGUCCUUCCUAAACAGCACAGUUGAAUAUUGCUUCUAAUAGUAAAAGUAGUUUCCUUUUAGUUGCAUUAAGUAAAUGCCAAAGUAUUUGCUAAAUUUGACACAAGCAAUGACAAAUCCCAGCAUGGGAAAAUCAGAGUUCUGGGAUGCGAAACACAAGCUUUGCCAUUCCUAAUACUCAGCUGUGGGGAAUGUAGUUUAAAGGCUUGCAUCUGUCCACAUUGGGAAGGUAUGCCUGCCUUCUAUCUGAGCCAGCUGAAUUGUAUGACAGCUCUUUGGACAGAAAAAUGAAAGGAAUAUGGGUAGGAUAGCUGUUUAUUGUACUGAGCCUUUUUUGCACUGUUGCUUUUGUUUUCGAUGCCUAUCUGUUAUCAGUUCAGAAUACCAUAACACACACAUAACCGGCUGUUAAGAAACAUAACAUUAUAUAUAAUAAAACUGUAAUCGUCAUAUCAAAAAAUUGCAAAGCACAGUUCCUGGUGGCAAUAACAUAUCAUAUUACUGUUAACCUUCUGUAUGUUUUUAUUGUCGUAAAGUCCAAAGAUUGUCAAGUCCAACAAUUACAAUGUACAGUUCUUGUUGGCAAUGCCAUUUCAUACUGAUGUCUUCCUUCUGCAUAGUCCUAUGUCUUAAAAGUGUAACAAACAGAACCACUUAGUAACAACAAGGCAGCUGAUGAUAGACCAGUUCUCAGGAUACACCCUUGUUUCACCCAUUGAUUGGGCUUCUUCAGAGACAAGGUUUCCAGGAGAUUUUUCAGUAGGUUUUUUCAGACGAAAUAGUCCACAGGAACGCAGAAGUUGCCAGUCAGAGAUGCUCCGUAUGAAUGAUCAUUGAAACUAAACUAUAUAGGAGCAAUCCCUGCAACAGGGAAGGUGCAGGCAAUAAGAAUAAAAUAUUCUUAAAGAGACCUAAUUGCAAUGAUACCCAACCGAUACAAAUCCAAAAAGUUAAGUAUUCCACAUCUUCAUUUAUAUACUAUUACAACUUCAUCAAACUUUUUCAGUGAGGCUUAAUCAUCAAUGGAUCCCAUCUGGCAAAUGGUCAUUGCGGUCUCCACUCCCUAAUAUUGAUCAUAAAAAUAUAAAUUAAUCUUAGGAGAUUGUAACACCAUUAAUUACCUAAACACCUGUGUUUACCUUCUUUGCAGUAAUUCAGACAACACAGGAUAUCUAUAGAAGAAAUAAGUAAAGUCAAUCAAAGAUAUUCUAAGUAAUAAUCAAUAGGUACAGGCAAUUAGAAUCUAUCAUUCUUAAAGGAACAUAAUCGCAAUAAUAUCCAACUAGUAGAGAUCUAGUACAUUAAGUUUUUUCCAUCUUCAUUAGUAUUUCUUCCCUUUUUUAAGAUUUAUCCAGUGUAAAUUAAUCAUAAAUAGAUUCCACUUGCUAAAUAGUCAUUGCUGUCUCCACUGUUUAUAUUGCAAUAAUCAAACUAUUAAUAUGUAACAUCAUUAAUAUCAUUAAUUACAUACAUUACAUCAAUAAUUACAUAAAUUAUAUCAAUAGAAACAGCCAUGGCAAAUGACUAGGUCAACACACACCACAAUUGUCUUGUUACGUAAAUCAUGUUCAGAGUACCACAACACACACGUAACUGGCUGUAAAGAAACAUGACAUUAUAUAUAAUAAAACUGUAAUCAUCAUAUCAAAAAGUUGCAAAGCACAGUUUCUGGUGGCAAUAACAUAUCAUAUUACUGUUAACCUUCUGUAUGUUUUUAUUGUCAUAAAGUCCAAAGAUUGUCAAGUCCAAUGAUUAUCUGUUAUCAGUGGCAACAUCUGAAUAAAAUGUAUGCUUUUAUUAUUGA